GCGAUACUGUACGUGAUUGGUGAGGAAUUGUGUGAGCGUGUGUGUGUGUCUGUGUGAGUGUGUCUGGCUGGGAACCUGCUACUGGUUUCCCAUCUACCCACACACACAAACACACUCACACACUCACACACACUCAGCCGCAGUCAGACUGACGGUCUCCCCACAGAAACGGCAGACAGAGGGACAACAAACACUCCUCCUCCCGACGCUUAGAAACCAACAAUUGUUUAGAAGUGAAGUCGACGCGAUGUUAAACGCGAAAUGCUACCGUUUAGUGUGAGGAGGAGAGAGCUUACAGUGAGGAAAAAGCUGCUGAAAGUGGGUGAACUGUGACAAGCAGCUGGAGAAAUUAACCGAAGGAUUUGUGGACCGCACGUGGAAAGCACCACUGAAACGCAAAGGUAAGUAGGGUUAUUUCCGCGCUGUACCUCUGGAUAAUGACAUUUAGUGUUAGGAUUGAAAAGUUUGGAGCCUUUAAGAAAAGUUUUAUUGGUGUUUGUGUUCACGUUAAACGCUGUUUCGCUGUUUUGUCGGAGGGGCUGGCAUUUCUACUGCGUCAAUCACCCACAAACACCUUGCGGUUGAAAAAGAACAAGUGUGCGCUCGCGCUUAACACUACCGUUUUACCUAUCCGUGCACGCGCCCUAAAACUCAUUUUACUUUAUUUUUCCAACUAACUAGGCGUGUGCUUAAAAAGAAAUUCCCUGUUAAAGAUAUACUUCCACCUGGGCUUGACCAUAAUGAGUUAAUAUGAAUACUUUCCCCCUUCACAGCCGUCAUUACUUUGUUCAAUGGUGGUCGUGAAGGUGAACCGCACCCCCCUUGUUUUAAUGCGAAUCUGCAGCCACCGUGCGCUAAAAUGAAACCUGAAUGCACCCUCAAGUCAAGCUUUAAGUCGUUAAAUUUUAUUAUCCCACCUCCUUACUGGAGUUGUGUAAUGUGCUAAGUUUCAAGAUGAGAUUCUUGUUAGGUAAGAUGAUUUUGGGUGUUGGCCAGCUUCAUAACCUGCAUAGUCUGAUUGUAAGACUGCUUCUGUAUCCUCAUAUUUGUUAAUGAUGUAAAAUGAGGAACUUAGUCCACUGUGACAUAAACAGAAACAACUCCUCAAAUGAGCCCCUGUAACCAUAGAUUUGUCAACCAAACGCUAUUGUCACAUUUACAAAUAAUCAUAUAAAAGCAGUCUUAUUAACAUUUGCUGCUUGUUACUGGUAGAAAAAAACAUCCCUAAAGCUAACGUGUAAACACAUAAUUGGAUAUUGGUGGUUGCUACUCUUUUACUUUGCUCUCUUCUUGCUCACUUCAAAUGUCUUGGUGACUCCUAUAAAUAAUGCGAUUUCUGAUACUUGGCCCAUGAUGACAUUUAAAGGAUUGUUCCAGUGUAACAUUAAUUUAAGGUCAACCAAACCAACUUUAGUAAUGACCACAGGAUAGCAAUACACAGCGGUCUGAGGAGCCAUACACAAACCUCCACCAAAACGCCACUGUAUAGUCACAAAUAAUGCUCAGAACAGCACCUAACUUCAUCAAUAGUACAUAUAGGGUCCCAGCACUAGCCACCAAAUUUUUUUUAGCUUUGCCUAAUUUCUUUAGCAAAGAGACUAAACACAACUCACCUACCCUCUUCCAGCAGCCGCUUUAUCAUUUCUUCAUGGAAAUGCAAUCAGACCGCGACGCUAAGGCAGAAGAACUACCGCGUCUGCAGUGAAAAAUGAUAAAUAUGGUGAUUAUUACUUCAAGGAAAUGAUAAAGAAAUGAUCAUAAAUGUUCUUCUUUGAGCUGCGGUACCCCGCUGAAGUCCGUAAUGGACUGGCCUGAGGUCUUGCUACAAACAAGCGGCUGCUGGAAGAGAGUAGUGCUAUGGCCGGGACCCUAUACUGUUGAUGAAGUUCCGUGCUGUUCUGAGCAUUAUUUGUGGCUAUACAGUGGCGUUUUGGUUGAGUGUGUGGCUCUCUAUAUUAUCUAUAUUAUUAUCCUGCGGUUGUUACGAAAGUUGGUAUAACUAGAGAAGCAAGCGGUCAGCAAAAUUCAUCUUUCGCCAGGGUGUCUAACUGUGUUACAGUGUGUUUGACCCUAACUUAAUUUUACACCGGAAUAUCCCUUUAAAUAAUACAGUUUCUAAUACUUGGCCCAUGAUGACAUUAACAUUCUAACAAGGAAAUACAUUGCAAAAUAAUCAGUUUUCUUCUGCAUUGUACUGUUAAUCUGUUAAUCACUUCACCUGACACCUAUCCAUAUCAGCGGUUUCAGACAGUAAAAACAGUCACAUAAAAAGUUCUCAACCUACACAUAACCAGUCUUUAUGCUUUCUUUAGGUCAUUGAGAGGCAUCAAUAUUAAUUUUGACAGUUUUGUAGCCAGCUAAAAACUCUUAAAGCACCUUUCAAGAUAAAUGAUAGUGUAGAUAUGGUUUCCAUAUCUACAGCCUGGUCUUUAUUCUGUCAGCUGUAACUCCUCUGUCGCCUUAAGUUAAACUUCUGACAUUUGGAUGCUAGUCAGUUAUUAUCAUGCGAGAUAUGUGAAGUCCCCUCAUUGUAGGUGAGUAAACUUUCCACAAACUCGACUGCAUCCUCGACCUGGAUUAGCUGAUGUCUGAUGUCCAACACCCUGUUUUCUUCUUCUGUUAUUAUGCAGCUGUCAACUAGCCAGUUCACUGCUGAUCAGGUUACCCUCAUUUACGUUAUGAGUGCCGCCACAAGGAGUCAUAAGUAUGAGCAUAAUUGGCAGGAAAAAAAGGGAAUAAGCAGUUUGGCGUCACACAAAGCUGAAUAUUGAGUUUUGUUGUUUAUUUUGAAUUGCACGUUUAUUCUACGCUCAUGUGUACUAAGAAAGAGCCAAGGGCCACUCAGGGGCCCAAGAAAUUGAAAGCAGAUGUUCUUAGGCAAAAAUGUUGGCAUUUGUAGCUCACAGGAUAGUGGUUGUUUUGGAUUUGAUUGUUUUUUUUUUUUUCUGUUUUCUUUUUUAAUAGAAAGAAACCACUUUUGUCUUUUGCGUUCUGUUUUGUUUGCCGAGCCCAGACAUAUAAAAAAGCUUGUUGUAUUUAAAGGUCAGUGACAGGUUGGAUCUACAAGGUGGCUUGACCGAGAGUAGCUGUGAAGCGUUUAAUCCUAUCUUGGUACCUCCCUAUGACAUUAACUAACCUACUUACAAUAAAUUAUCGCCACCUUCUCAUGCAAAAGUGCAAGACUUAAUUUGCCCUGGCAUGCAAUAAAAGAUAAGCAUAUACCUUGCCCCAUACCUCAGUGUCCAAUUACAGUCAGCAUAAUAUAAACUGUUGAGCUGGCUCCCUCUCUCCCUCCCUCCCUUAGUGUUUGUCCACUACCCCAGCUCUCUUCUGCUGCCAUAGAGGACAGAUAUCGUUCAAGGCAGCCAUAAAGACAUAAAGAGCCUUGUUUCUUUCAGAGGAAUGUCUUCUGAAAAGGGGAACAAAAACCCAGCAUGUCAGAGUUUUUUUUAUGAAAUGACAGUGAGAAAUCUGACUCACUCAGGCAGGUUGUCUUCCCUGCAUUCAGAAAUGAUGCUGAGCUGUGAUCUUACGCAACAUUUUAGUUUUGCAACACAUUUAAUAGAGAAGUGGUUAAGCCAAAUGUAAAGAUACUACAUAGUCGGUCUGUUAACUCUGAUUUUUUUUUUUGCUGAUUUGGCUGCAAGUCUAUUUAACUCUAUUGUUGUGGAAAUAUACACUGACAAAGCGUAGUUGCUUUAGCUCAACCUUAUGCAUACCAAUUAUACGCGCACCUCUGUAUUAUUGGCUCAAGUCAUUUGCUUGUGUAUGGCUGAGUCAUUGUGAUGAUGAUCCCUGCACGGCGCACUUGUGCUCCAGAGAGAUGUAUUUGUAAGUGCUCUUAGUUUGCUUUUCCAAUGUUUACCCUCUACUGUUCAGUCCCUCCCAAAGGUUUCAUUGCCACAAGUUGCUGUCCUGUAAAGGAUGUGCUCAUUAUAGAGUUCUGGCAUGUCAUCCUGUGAUUCAUGUUUAGUCCAUGUCUCUCUUGCCCUGAAUAGCCUUUUAUAGCGGCCAAAUCACAAAGGAAUACUUUCUCAUAUCUAUAUUUUAAUCACUGGCCUCUAUAACAUUAAAUAGGCACCAACAGGACAUACAGUAUCUAUUUUUUUUUACGUACAUAGUUAUUCACUUUUGUCCUGCAGUAUUCAAUAUCCAUUAGUUUCCCCUACAUAUACCAUAAACAGAACUCAAAUGUAGGAUUCACAGUAUGACCACUAGAUGCAAUAAUGAGAGGGAUUUCUUCAUUUCAACUAAGCUAAUUCACUUAUUAUUAUCAGUACUAUCAUCUGGACCCUAAAGUCUGUUUUCUAUUUUCAGAUCAAAUCUCCCUCCUACUCAUUUCACACAGGGUUCAGUCCUCUGACAGCAGCUCUGGGACACACAAGAGGAAAGAGAGAGAGCACAGAACGAGCAUCAUGUACUACAUUACUCUACAUUAACUUAACUAAUAAAUAUAAUCGGCUGGCUCACACAAUCAAUCAUUUCUGUCAUGUUAAAAAAUUAAUGUUUAAUCUGCGCCGCAAGCCCUGUGAUGGCUGGUCUAAUAAAACGAACCGUCAUCUUCAACAUAUGGCGUACGUUGAUCUACUACGUGCACUGCAGGUGUAAACGCUGAAAGUGAACACUUGGCAGUCCUGAUAGUUUCACCGUCUGAACAUGUGCCCACAAUAUUAACCAAUACCCAGAAGAGUGGGACAACAUUAUCCGAUCCAUAUCAGUGUUUAACAUGUCUCUGUGAUGAUGUGCAUGUUAAAAAAGACGGUCUUGUGACAAAGAUAAUAACUUUUAUUUAUAUAACACCUUUAAAAACAGAUGUUUACAAAGUGCUCUGACAGAAGAAGCGAGCAAAGGCAGAAACAGGCAGAGGAAAAUUGACAUUUAAAAAAUGGAAAUUUAAAGAUUGGCAGUUGGUGGUUGACGGCAUCACAUCAGGAAGGUGAAAAGGAAGAAGGUGGAUGGAGGACAGAUUAAAGAGAAAGAAAUAAAUGCAUAGAUAAUAGAAUAAGAUGAGGUCACUUUCUUCACAUGUGGCUGUAUAAGUCAUUUCAGUCAGACAUUUAUUGCAGAUUUAUCCUGAACAACGAGGAAGUGGGGACAGCAUGACAUCUUCAGAUGAUAUGACUGAUACUGCACCACCUGUGUUGUGUGCUCACGUGCAUGUUGCAGUCACAGUAUAUUGUGCAGCUCUAGUCCAGACAAUACAUUGUGCAAUACAUAAACUCUGGUAACAAUGCUGUGGUAGCAUUGUCAGUGCAGUCAUGUGGACUUUUUAAGCUUUGUGUACUUGUUUCUGCUCACAAUAACAGCAUAAGAGAUUUAUCUAAAUUGAUCAUAUUCCAAGAGAUCUGGGUGUCUGAAAUGGACUAAGAGCUGUGUGAGCUUUAUUAACUGGCAGGCACUUUAAGUUGGUUCUGACGGAGGGAUUUGGUCUUAGAUCUCCAAACUUGGAAAGCAUUACAAGGCCGGGAACAUUAGCCAGCUUGCAUAAGCUGUCCUAUUGUGCUUGUCUUUGAUAAAGUAUUUACAAAAAAAUGCUGUUCUAAUAUGCUGUGUCUUCAAGGUUAUUCGAGGGAUAAAGAAAUCUUUGGCUUAAUGUUCCACAACCCAACCUCAAAGUAGAGCUACCACUGAGAUUGAGAGAGCGCUAUUGGAUUCCCCGUGGGCAGCUUUGGAGAAGUACAGUGAAGAAGUGCUGCAAAAAUUAAGGGCUCUCUUAUACCGACUUUCAUGCCCUGUGUUAUGAAAUACCACAAGAGAGUUUUACCUCAGCAUGAGCUGGAAUGUGUAGUUGUACAAGAUAAUAAAUCUUCUUUUUAUUGGCCCCAAUCUACCAUCAAGAUACUUGUAAGUGACCCAAAACUGGAGCAGCGUUAGUGCUCACUCAGAGACAGGUUUUUGUCUGCUUUAUGUAAAUUGAUGCUGCAUUUAUGUAGGACUAGAUUUUGAUACAUCACUUGCUGGCGCUGACGCCGCAAAAACAGCAGGGCAGACAGUGUAAUCGCUCAAUUAUUUUAUGAGAGGUAACAGUCACCAUCUGUUCAUGCGGCGAUGCUGGAUGCGGCUCGCUCAAUGUGACACCGUUGCGUGACAUCACUCACUAAAGAUGUAAUCUAUGAAGACGUGUGCACUGAGGGAGGCUUUUCUGUAAAAUUGUGGCCUUGUUCAGAGCCAUGAGUCAACAUGAAAGACAUGCAUGAGAGGUUGCAGAUGAGGCCAAGUGUUGUAUUUCAUUCAUGCAUCUUUAGGAGUGCAGCAGGGGAAUGAAAGAAAUUGCUCUGAAAGUUUCCAAAAUCAGUCAGAUGUGAGUGGGAGGAGUACAUGCAGAGGAUGAAUUGCUUCUUGAGGAGGAUUAUAUUAUCUGUUUGAGUUUGUGUUUGCAGCAGAUGAAUUCAUUAUUAUGAUCCCAAUUUUGAAGUGCUAUUCUUUGGUACAUCAUACUCAAUCAGCUUCAGUUAAGUUGACUCUUAAACUCCAGUGAGUUAUGAUUGCUUUCACACUUGUUUGUUGUUGUAGAGGGAUGGUGAUUUCUUGUUUUUUAACUGUUUUUUUUCAAGAAUAUUGGCUCGCAACUGGAGUACAACUUUGAUAAUACAACUUUCAUAUUUUGGAUAUAUCAUACUGUUGAAUAAGCAAUUAGUCUAUACUGUGUAACUGUUGUCUCAGCUUAAGAGAUAACAGUUUUAUCAACCCAAUUCCCAAUAUGCGCAUAAAAUGGAGUUUGGUGUCUUUUUAUUGGAGCUGUCAGAAUAUAAGGGUGCUCUCACACUUCCACCCUAAAAAGUCCACUUUGUUUGAGUGGUGCAAGUGCUCUGUCUGUACCACACUGAGGUGCCUUGGCACAGUUGGAAAAUAAGGGCUUCAAACACACCUUAACACCGAGUUAGACACCCCCCCGAGAGAUAAAUGUUGCUGACUGCUCGCUUCUCUAGUUAUACCAACUUUAGUAACGACCGCACGAUAGCAAUACACAGCGGUCUCAGGAGCCAUACACAAACCUCAACCAAAAAGCCACUCUAUAGCCACAAAUAAUGCUCAGAACAGCACCUAACUUUAUCAACAGUACAUAUAGGGUCCCAGCCACAGCACUAGACACCAAACAUCUUUUUAACUUUGCCUUAUUUCUUCAGCAAAGAGACUAAACACAACUCACCCACUCUCUUCCAGCAGCCGCUUGUUUGUACGGAGAGCUUAGACGAGUCCAUCACCGACCUCAGCGGGGAUACGCAGCUCAAGGAAGAACAUUAAUUUAACCUGACUUAAUUUUACACCAAAAUGUCCCUUUAAGUUUUUUUUUUUAAAUACUCUCACCCAACUUCCACAUGGGGCUUAAGAUAAAACAGCAGGAAGUGAAUAUGUCAGGCUGUCAAGUUUAUCAAACUAAAGCAGCAACAAACAAACAAAAAAAAACAUGUCAAGAAUGAGAGGGAGGAGGGUGAAAAUAUGACUCCUGUUCUGGCAGAUGGAAGAAAUUCAUAAUAAAAACAGAGCAUGACAGGUGUGAGUGAACCAGUCAGGUUGAAGUCUAGAGAAAUUUAUUUCACACUGACUUUUGCUGGAGAGACAGGGAGGACUCCACUGCUGAGAUGGAAAUAAACAUUCACCCAGAAUUGAAAAUGAAAGAUUUGACAUGAAUAAAUCCCCUUCAGGGAUCAAUAAAGUUCUUCUUAUCUUAUCAAUUUAAGACCAAAUAACUCAUGCUGUGCUGUAUAAGACAACUCCAUUGACCUUAAUACUGAUGAAUGAUUAGAAUCCCUCCCUCUCUGUUCCUCUCUCAGUGCACGAUCAUAUUAAUGAUUAAUUGAUUAAUUUUGUCGAGUCUUGCAGUUUUGGGUUUUCAUUGCCAGUUAAUAUUAGUAGGGUUUUAUGGCUAUUCAGAGAGUAUUUCCAAUAGGUGUUUGAUAAAGUCAAAAUUCUGCAGUUUACCACUAAGUCAGUAAAGCUGCAGUCGUGGUCUCUGUCUUGUUGUCUUGUAAAAUAAGGAUAUAACAUUAUGAAGUAGAGUCAUGUGAAGCCUGUUUGAGCCUGGAGUGGUGUAAGUGCAGGCCAGUGUGGGACUCCGUUCUUUGGCAGGGUACAGGGCAACGUAAUAAUCUGUUUCAUAAUCAGCUAAACACUUCUCACAGGAGCUCCAAGUUAAGAACUAACUGUUGCUCUCAGUGACUAAGAUGUCCAAGAUGUGUUUUUCAUGAGUCAGAUCAAUCUCUAAUCGAUCUAAAUAACUCUCAAACCGACUGCCAGCCCUUUAACAACCAUGCAGCAGAGCAAACUGAAGGUCUGACUUUUACUUUUCAAAUCCCUCCAAAAGAAGUUAAAGACUCACACUCAGGACACAUCCACCUGUUUUUGACUCCUUUCCCUCCACCUCUGCCACUUUUGCUUCCUCGACAGUUCCCGUGGGCUUUUGAGCACAGGUUGGAGAGCAGGACCAUGUUGUGGAAAAAAAAAAAAAAAGUAGCGGCUGUGCAGGAAACUCUGUAGACCCCACUCUGAUGAGGUCCCAGGAGGGCCAUGAGCACUGACUGAACAGAUUUCACAUUAACACACUGAGCAAGAGGGAAGCAAGGGAACAAGCAGGAAACAGUGCUGCUCCUCUGACUGCUUGGCAACACAUAGCCAGAGUUAAUGAAGUGUUUUUGUAAGGGGCUCUGCUUGGAAAUGGGGUGAUAAGCAGACGAAAAAAUAUAUGCACGUCGUUUUCACUGCCACAGCAGCUCCUCGGCUCCUUUUGAAUUCAACCGCUCAGUCGUGAACUGUGAGCGUUGCAUAACACUGCUCCAAGUCAAACCAGAAGCUAUGCAUAGUAGCGGGCAACAUUUCACCGCCUUGAGGCUCCAUUCAGCCUCCUCCUCCUUCUCCUCUUCAUCCCACUUGUUUUCUUCCUUGUGUCGCCCUUCCCCUCAUUCCUCCCUGCUGUCAUGCUUCAGUGGGCCACCUGAGGGGGGAUAUGUGCCCCCUCCUUUGCCUGGUGACAGCUUGCAGGGAGAUAUGGGCAGCCCUCUCAGCUUGAGGAAGCAGGAAUAGAGGGAUGUGAGAGAUGCUGGGGAUUAAAGCUUCCACAGAGAGGAACUCCACAGGGCUGAUUUGCUACUGGAGAGCCAUGAGACCUUUGCACACAUAACCUUGUGUUUUUUUCAGUUUUUGUUUUCUUUACUGCAGCAUCCAAUAAAUGUUACACAAGGGGACAGACACAAGAGAGAAAGGGCAGGCUCUUAUGUGGCAUUAACGCUAUAUAUGUAAAUGAGUGUGGCUACAGUGUCAUGCAUGUGUAGGUUGACUCUUGUAUGAUAAGGUAGGCUCUCUGUUGUGUUUUGUUUGCAGCAGAAAGUCUAAAGCAUUGGUUUGUCUCUUGUAUCUUGAGGCUGUGUUGAAGGAAAGCUUUAGUUAAUCAGAGCACAUGAUGUCAAAGUCUUUUGAAUUCAGCACUGUUUGUGUCUGGCACAGCACAGUACAGGUCUUUCUUUCUUCUCUUUCCACUGUGCUCAAAGCUUAGUUUUCUGCAGUUUUAACAAGGUUCUUGACUUCCUUUAAAAGCCUCUUUGAUAUUUUUCCACUUCUGAUUGACAGUUAAGAUUAAAAAAAGUGGUGCCUCAGGUCAGGGGGUGUUGUGUUUUAAAGAAGAGUUUAAAAAAGGUCUCUUUCCUCUUUCCAAGUGUUUGGAUGUUUGACAUCUUCUAAAUUCCGAAGUAAGGCAUAUUUAUUAGCCUCUCUAAUUACUCGCCACAAAAUCUUGGCCCAGGAUUUUGUUUACUGUGAAGUCUUGCUUUGCUGAAGGAGCAGAGAAGAAAGGAAAUGGAAAGAAAGAUGGUCAAAUCGAUGAUACUUUAAAGCUGCUCGACACUGAUAAGAAAGUGGUGUUAAAAAAUGUCAAAACACUGUAGCAUCCUGAAACGAUAUUUUUUGAUGCAAGAUCUGUUCCCAAAAGUCACCGUUUUGAUCCUAAAUCAUUAGAUACUAGGAGUGCAAUACUUGGUAUUACUUGUAUUGUGUUGUAUAUUGAUCAUGAUGCAUGUGUAGGUAUUUUUGUGCUUUUAGUCUUUGCUUUCAAAACUUAAACUGAUCCUAAACACAUGAGGAUCAUUCUCCCAAUGAGUGAUGUUCUGGACUUGUCAUCAUAUAUAUCAAUAAGUUUAGGGGUGGGAGAAAAAAUGGAUAUUGCGAUAUUUUGUCUAGAGAUCAAUACCAAGUACCGAUUUUUCAAAUUAAUGGAUAAUAUGAAACCAAAACUAUGAUAAUAGAAAAAUAAAAUCAACAAUUUGUCCAGUGAGGUUGGCAGAGGUGACAUCAUAAAGUAGGAUAAAGUUCAUACAACAAAUAUGAGGUUUGCAAGAUGUGCUGCAUGAAAAUAAAAUACAGCGUGAAUAAGACAAACAUAAAAGAAAGCCAAAUGCUAAAUUAGCUUAACAGUUAAAAAAAUUGUAAAAACCGCAACACAUCGAAUCGCAAUAAAAAAUGUUAAAACUCGCAAUGAUAUUGUAUUGUGGCCCAAUUAUCGUGAUAAUAUCGUAUUAUGGCCCAGGUAUCGUGAUAAUAUCGUAUCAUGGCCCAGGUAUCGUGAUAAUAUCGUAUCAUGGCCCAACUAUUGUGACAAUGUCAUGUUGUGUCCCAACUAUCGCGAUAAUACUGUAUUGUGGCCCAGGUAUCAUGAUAAUAUUGUACCAUGGCCCAACUAUCAUGAUAUCGUAUUGUGGCCCAGGUAUCGUGAUAAUAUUGUACCAUGGCCCAACUAUUGUGACAAUGUCGUAUUGUGUCCUUACUAUAGUGAUAAUACCAUAUUGUGGCCCAAGUAUCGUGAUAAUAUCGUAUUGUGGCCCAGGUUUUUAUGAUAACAUCGUAUCAUGACAAUAUUGUAUUGUGAGGUCACUAGUGAUUCCUACCCCUCUAAUAUAGUUGUUUAUCAUUACUGUGCUUGUAGAAACCAUGCAAAAACAGUGAUUCAAAUCUGUACUGUAAUAAAUGUGCUACCUUUUAGAUAAACACAAAGACCCCAGGCUUAUAGACCAAAACACAACACAGCCCCUUGCAUGUAAAGUUGUAGUAUCUUGCAAUAGUAAACUAACCCCAUGAAUCAUGAUUUGUGUUGUAACACUUUAUUCUUGCCCCCUACAAACACCUCUUAAACCUAUACAGCAAUCCAGUCAUUAAAACAUGACUUAAUGCUUGUCUCAGAGAUGUACCAUUUAAAUGAUACAUAUAAAGUUUUAUUUUAGGUUUCAUAUAGAUACGGUGCCAAAGUAUUUACUACUUACUUUGCUGUAGUUGAAUUCUUUCCUCUGGCCUGAUGUAAUCUUGUUAAACAAUAACCACCAGUCAACAAUGGCUUUCUUUCAGACCCCGAGGGUUGGAGAAGUUGGCUUUAGUACUUAUUGAAACUUCUACUCCUGCAGGUUUUGCUUUUACAACAAUCAGUGAAUGAACCUUUGACUCCACAAGCUGCUCCUCGGCUGCUGAGCACUCAGUUUCACCGUUGCUGCACUUUAAGGAAAACCCCCUUUCUGCUCUGUUGUUUAUUAGUAAGCCAGUUUGGUGAAGGCAUUGUUUUGCAGUCUGCUGCAGAGUAACCCAUUGUCUGGUUGAGACUGAUGGAUGAAUUGGUUAAUCAGGGUGGUGUGUGGUUGUAAGUGUGUACAGCUGAGGAAACGAUUAAACUCCGUAGUCCUCAUGAGAUCAUUUGGGCCUAAUUAACCCAUUUCUUUGUGACUACAUUGUUGGUUUAUGCACAGUCAGGCCAACGAAGCACAGAUUUUCCUGACAUCAUCAGAUACUACUGUGUCUCUAGGGGUAUAAAUCGAGUCGCCAGGAAAAUUCAAUAACAAGUUAAAGUUGGCUUGUAAUAAUAGAAACAUGAUUGCUCUUGUGUAUCUGUUAGACUUAGUAGUUCUUUGAACAGCUUCAUCUGGAGUCAUUUCAUCUUUGCUAGUUUAGCUGCUUCCAAGGAGAACAUUGGCAAAGCAUUUGGAGAGACAAAGCAUGGAGACUGAGAGAGAGAGAGAGAGAGAGAGAGAGUGAGAGACACAUGAGCAUAAUUUCGACCAUGCCAUUACUUUAACCUGUGAGCAGAGGUACAUUCAGAUAGGCUAUGUGCAUUUGAGACUGAGGGAAGUAAUUGGCCUGAAGCUGAGGUUGUGAACAAACACUCACCAAACUUUCUAGAGGGCUUAUUGCCAGUAAAAGCAGGUGAUAAAUCAAGUUUGUUUAUGUGUAACUUGUGAAACUUCUGGACACUUCCUCAUGCUGUAAAUCGUCAGCCUGAUUCACAUUGUCUGCUUUAUUUAAUCUGCUUUUUUCUCUCUCUCUCCUCUUCAGUGAAGGGUGGAUCUCAUCCUCUCCACUUCAACCGCUGCCAGCCGAUCACUCCCGCCUACUCCAAAGAUGAGUGCCAAGUCGGCCAUCAACAAGGAGGUCUUCAUACCCCACGAUGAGAAGAUGCUUGCUGCUGUGCAGGUGAAGCGAAGAACCAAGAAGAAGAUCCCUUUCCUGGCUACUGGCGGUCAAGGAGACUACAUGACGUUCAUCUGCCUCUCAGGUCAGAAGACAAAUAUAUCUUUCCCUUCUGUUCACUCUUUUUAUCUCCUCCAUGUUUGUGUUAAACUCGCUCUUCUGUGGUAUUCAUGUUUCUCUUGUGCUGUUUGGACCCCAAAUCACAUUACUACAUGUCUCCCUGAAUUUUCCCACUAAUGUUCACACUGAUGAGCCUGUUUACGUUUCCUCUGCCAAUAGGAUGACACACUAAUGAAUUUACUGCCGGGCUCUAGGUCAGCCCUUUUCAAACAGAUUGGAUUUACACUGAAAGUGAAUAAUUGUUUUAGCAGAAUCUGAGGUUUAAAUCAUUUCGUUUCCUGUGUGAACAUCAGAUGAGAUAUUGCUUGUUAAUUAAAUUAGCCAAGCAUAUUAUUCAUGAGGAGAAUAGUUGGAGCUGAUUAAUUUGAGUGCCAGCUUAUGGAGAUCAAUGACAUUUCCUAAUCUUUCCAUUUGAAUGUGUGUUAAACUCUGCUUUGGUUGCAGCAGAUCACAUAACUAACCAAAAGUUUGAAGACACUUAAUGUUGACUUAGAGGAGUUUUACCGCUGCUGUACAAAGGCGAGUACAGUCUGUCUGGACUCCAUUCACAUUCAAGGUUACCCUUUAGUUUUCUCACAAUUCAGAUCUGAGAUUCCGUCUUUAGUAAUCAAUACAACACAGUCUCAAGCAUUAACCGAAGAUUCCUGAUAAUGGACUCAGACACUGUUUUUUCUGAUGACUCAUCUCUCCUUUGAUGUAAAAAAAAACCAAAAAAACAGCGUUGGUUCAUAUAAUGCCAGUCUCAUCACGUCCCCAGCCUUCACCUCUGUACCCCGUUUGAGCUCUGCUACUUUGAAAAAUAUUGAAGCCACUAUAAACCCUUACCUCUCAGUCUGAAGGGAAAUUCAUGAAUUAUCUAUGAAGCCUCCACGAAAUGUUUUAAUGAUUACAGCAGAAUACAAGACAUUACGUGGACAGAUUUGAGUGGUUUGAAACCCAGAUGUGAUGUUUGGUUUUAAAAUAUUCAAACUAUAAGCCAUAAUUAUACAAAUUAAAACACGAAAGAAAGGCUCACACUUUUAAGACGUGGUACUAUGGAGAGAAAUAGUGAUUUUUGAGUCCUUCUCUGCAGAGACCCUGUGGAGUAUCGAGGAACUGAAAUGUCUUGUCUCAAACAAAACCUUUACACUUACCCAUUGGAAAAGUUUAAUCAGCUCUUGUUUGGACCUUUUGCUAACAGUUUGAACGAUUGAUCAUUAAUCAAACUGAUUGGAAACAUAAGCCUGAAGGUUGGGGUAUGCUGUCCAGGUGGGACUUCUCGCUCUUAAAACCUGUGUCGAUGCAGCGGGGAUACUAGACAGCCUGUCAUGCUGUUUGUGUGUGUGUAUGUGCGUCAGUCUAACCCGAGCAGAGAUGUGGAAUGUCUAAGGCAGGGUUGGCUCUAAAUCUACAGCGAUGUGUUGAAGGGUAGCCAAUUUAAACAGCCUUCAAGCUGCUAUCAGUGAAGGAUUUAUACUCCUAAACUCUGCAUCAGUGUGAGAUAAGCUUGCUGCAAGGAUGAGGUCGUCUUCCCAUCAGCUGUGUUGACGUAGCAUAAAGUUGUUUCUAAUUUUAUUUAAGUAUUUCCAACAUGCAAUUAAAUUGAAGUGCACGUAGCAUAAUGGGUGUUGUUAUUAUAAAUUUGUUUUUAUCAGAUGCAAAAUAAUAAAUAGAAUAAAAAACAGAUCCAACAGCAUGAUUUAUACAGUGGCCAUUAAAAACUGAACUUGUAUACGUAAAUGGAUUUUGCAGCUUAAAUGAAUUAAGUUCCAGGAUUCUGUCUUUUUCUUUUUCUCAUGGCUACAGCUGCCUUUUGUCUGAUUUGACCUAAUAAAUGUUUUCAGCUGUCUGCUCCAUACCAAGCUGUUGUUCUGUAUAGCAAGUGGGAGCACAGCAGAGAGGCAAGUACUGUUAUUCAGUUCACUUAGUCAUGUGGCAUUUCUUAAAACCAUCCGAGCAUUGUUUGGGGUUGAAUGCGCGCGAAUGUGCAUGUGUGUGUGUGUGUGUGUUUGCACCGUAUAGUUAAACCACGAGUGUGAAACUGGGCCGAGCCUCUCAGCUAUCUGGAGAUACAAGGCCGGUAUGUGUGCGAGUCUGAGAGUUCAGCAUGUGUAUAAAUAUGUGAACGAACUGUGUACGGACAGUAUAUAAGGAUGGGGGAAGGGGGGUCACUGACAGUCUCAUGGCCGCAGUUGCAGAUAGUCGAAGCCUGAGGGCUGUACAGUGGCAGAGUUAUGUAAUUGGUGGUAUGUCAGAGUCACAGGAAGCCUACUGUAGAGACAGCCAUGGGCACUUUAUUCCCAAGAUGAGCAGGGUGCCAACAUGAAACACCACACCAUCUCUGCGGCUCCGACACCAGGAUCAUAUGCUCUGAUUCUGUCAGAAGAUGUAGCUUAUACUGAAAAUUACCAGCCGCUUCAACUGACUGUUUAAAGUUCUCAUCUGUUAAGAAUAAAUCAGUGCUUUACAGGCACGGAAGAUGGGUAUGACGCAAUUGACCUUGAAAGGCAGCCGUUAGUUAAAGCUGUCUUUCCAGCGUGGGUGAAUCUGAGUCUUUGAAUUAGCUGCUUGUUGAACACACGGCUUUUUGUCUUAGGUAAAGGGCUACAUCUAUCAGUGCAACAACAAGGCCUGGAUAGCUGCCAUUUUUAGUGUGUUUUUUUUCACAAUAACAUGUGGCUACAGGAAAAAAAAAACGGGUUUGGCUCACACAGCUUACUGUUGUCUGGCUUGAGGGUGAAAUCUUCAAAUCAGUCGUAUAUCAGCAGAGCGAAACGAUAAUAAUUUUACAUUUUCUGUGAAGAUAAACAGAUUUUUGUCCUCAAAACCCUGACAGCAGUAUUAGAUUAAACUCACAAAAGGCAAACAGAUGUUUCGGGUGUGUUUUAGGGCUUAAGGUAAUAUUCUUCUCUUUCUUUUUUUUUGUUAAACCAGUCCAUUUUGUUUUGCAUUGUCUAGUCAUAGUCUGCUGGGUCUGAGUCUGAUUUUCAGCAAAUUCUGGAGUGGCUUCUUGGAAGUGAGGAACAAAAAAACAACUGCCAUUCACACAUCUGUGAGAUUAUGUUCAACCAAGUGAGCAAAUUUGGAGUUUUUACUUUGUCUUGAGCAGUGAAAUAUUUGGUUUAAUAAUCAAAACCGUACUUGUUGUGUUACCAGAUUUACUCUGCUCCAUGGAAUUUGGCACAAAGCUGCACACUGUACUGUUUUGCUCAGACUUCAUCUCACUUUCCAGACAAGUACAGACUCCCAGCCUGUGCUAUGCUGUGAUUUCUGAGCCGUCUUUGAUCCUAAACACAAACAUGUCAUUGCGCAUAGAAACAUAUGAUAACGCUUUAACAACAACAUCAGGGGUCUUGACGACAUAGGAGUGUGCUGGAGUGAAGCCAGAAGUUCAACAUGAACCGAGGUGGAAGGAGAGCUUUCUCUUUGAUCGUGGGGUUUCAUGUGGUGCCUUUAUGGCUGGACCUCACGGCUGCAAACACUGGACCGCCCACUGAAUGUUUGGCAGGAAAGAUGUGAGGCCAGUCUAGCCUGUUAUAACACUGUGAAGGUUCUCUGCUGCAGCUUAUUAGUCUACAUGAUUUCACUUCUCCAUCGGAUUUAAGAGGACAAAACUUUUCCUCGACUUCCAGCAGCUUCUACUUCAGUCAACUCUUAUGAUUCUCAGAAUCUUUCAGCUCCCGUUUCGUCUCACUUUCUCCUAGAUUUCUGUUAAUUACACUUACUCUAAUUGUUAUUCCUGGCACUAGAUCAUGUAGUAUAGGGCUGGGUGAAAAGGGAAAAAGUUUAUCACAAUAUAUUUUUUUCAUAUAAGUCAAUAUCGAUAUGUGUCACGAUAUAAAAAAAAUCAUGUCUAUCUUAAAUGUUCCCUGUUACUCUUAACUGAAAUUUAACAUGUACUGGACAUAAUUUACAGUGCACACUACUCUGCUUCAUGCAGUGUUGUUUUCAUUGACGAAAAUAUUUCAUCAACGCCCCUUUUUUUCCACGACAAAGACGUGACGUUGACGAGCUAAACAUAAGUCUUUGAUGACUAAAAUGUGACGAGACGAUUAUAAACUGUUAUUGACCCUGAAGAACUGUUAAUUGUGGUUAUCUCGCAGCACCAGUGUUGUUUUUGUUGACGAUGACGUUGACAAAAAUAUUUCGUCAACGUCAUCGUCAACGAAAACAACACUGGCAUCAUGUCCUCAAAAAACAAAAAACCUCCACACCACUGACAUUUUCCCGCCAGUGUUGUCGACAAUGUUGUCUGCAUUUCUGCCGGCGGUAGCACUCAUUUUCUUUUUUUCUCACUAACAGUGCUGUUGGCUUCACGCGUUAAAGUACUAUAGUUGCGUGUAGCUGCAGCCUUUUUCUGCAGCCUAUUGAAAAAGCAUAUUGACCAUGUUUUACAUCGAUAUCAGAGGAAACUAAUUUUUGAUAUAUAUCUUUAUCGUUUCAUCACCCAGCCCUAAUGUAGUUUAUUUUAAAUAUUUAUGCUGGGUUUAUUUUUCAUAUUCAAUCUGUGGAAAGGACUUCAGUUGGGAGGUGAGACCAAUCUUCAUUUUCCAGUUAAACCUCCAACCACAGUUACAAGGUCAGUGUUAUGAUAGUUCAGUCAUAAGGUCUAAAUAGACUCAUAAACCGUACAGGAGAAUUACCAGUCAAUGAGUUUGUGUUACAUCCUAUUCACAGAGGCUACAUGUUGUUUGUAACUUUGACUGAGUUUGAUCAUUCUCGCUUAGUCAGAAAGUAGACCUGAAGUGACAUUUAUAACAAGAUAAUGACAUUUUGAAUUCGUCCAACAUUGUUUUACAUCCUGUGACUUCGAUUCAGAUGAGGUUUUCCCAGAAAUAAUGUUCUAAUAUCAUCUUGUCUCAUGAGCCAAGUGUUUCGACACACCCUUCUAGAGAAGUAGCUUCUUGGUCUUCUGUUUUUUAUCUUAUUUGGGUCUGUUAAGUUUUCAUGUUUCACAAGAUUAAUAGCCACUUAUGUAACUGUAGAUGACUGAUAGUUUUAAAUGAAACCACUUAGAUUCUUGUGUAUUAUUUAACUUUUUAUAUGAGUGAUAAACAUGCUUUAUCAUGCAUCACUAACAAUAAAGAGUGAUUGUCACAGAGAAGACCGUGGAGUCACUGUGUAUUGUUGAAGCCCCAUUGACGCUCUAUGUUAAGAUGUGAAUUCCAUGUGGGACGCACGUGGGCAACUGUGUUUACUGGUGUAUUCAUGUGCACCGUAUUUAUGCAAGCAUGUUAUUUUGUGGGUUGGCGUACAUGAAUAAUGUCAUGCGUGGGCUGUGUGUCAUGUGUGUUACACUGAAGAACCUCAUCUUGCUCUGUUGGUUUGUAUUCCUCUCUGCAAGUGUGCUUUUUUUAAUUAAACGGAAUCAUUUCAAACAUUAAGUAAAGAGGAUAUACUUGCAUAAUUUGACUUCCUUUGAUUAGAGCCAGUGAUUUAUGUUCUGCUAUGAUGUUAUAAUGUCCUCCCAUUGUAUGUAACAGAGAGCCCUCUUUGUGGGAUGAAGAAAGAUCCCUCACCUUCCAUCCUGAGGAAAAAAUAAAUAAAAAAUUUACUGGCAGAGCUCACUACCAGUCUUUUCUUUGAGGCCAUGCAGAAAAUACUGUCGUUAGCGCACCAGUCUAUGUAUUGCACUUUCAGCCUCACUCCUAUUCAUCAUUAGCAGACUUGUGGCUAUUGAUUACAUGGUAAGAUGGAUGGGGGUGAGCAGAUCUUGCGGCUUACUGGUACACUAAGCUGCCCAGGCCAAUCAGAAAGUCAUAUCAGUUAUGACCUUGGUUCCAUAGUCCAGAAGAGCAUAACUCUUACUUUCGGUUUUCAUAUGAAUGCAUGUUGGCUGGUAGGUGUGUUUGCCAAGGUUAGCCCACAGACUCCUGGAUUCAUAUUUAAAAUGAUCCGAGAGGUGUGUAAGAAGUAUUUCUGCGCUUGAGGGCAAAAUGAACAGUGGGUAUAAAAUUCAAGGUUAGAACCUGCACGAAUGUUUUAUUGUAGAAAUCCACCCUAAAACUCAGUAAAGGAUUUCUUACACACUCAGGGAUCUCCAAUCUGGCUCACAGAUACUCAAUAUUAAGGGAUCAUAUCUGAUUAGUGUGGAAAAAAAAAACUAAUAGGGAAAUUCCUUACUACUUUACCACUGUUUACAUCACCAUCUAUAAAGUUGUGACUCUGCUGAAUCUAAGUGAAAGGUCUUCUGUAACAUUUCAAGGAUUCUGGACAAAUGUUUGCUAAUGAGGUUCAGCCAGAGGUGGGUGGUCUGUGUUGUGUCGGAGAAAUGUUGCCUUCUGUGGGCUCCUUACACUUCAGUGUAGCAGCAGAGACUGAUGCUGGCCUCUCUGUAUUUACUGAGGGCAGAGACAUAGAGCCCACUCACACAGGAGCAGACACAUGGGCUCAAGUCGACACUAAUACCACAUUCCUUGUUAAAGUUUGUGUGUAUGUGUGUGUGUGUGUGUGUGUGUGUGUGUGCUUUCCCGUGUGUUUGGCGUUCAUAACAAAAAUCCCCCAGUAUCUCUGUUAUGGCAACCUUUAUCUAUACCAAUUUGUUUCUCGCAGAAGCUCAACUCAUUUGCGCUGAACCAUUUUCUGGAAUAUGAACUGUCUUCACUCUUCACACUUGCCCUCUCUUAUCAUGUCAGCCUCCCUCCCCCUGAUCCUCUGAACUCCUUCCCUCUGAUCUCUUCUUGAUGAGAGUCCUUUGAGUCUUGGGAAAGGCCUCAGCGCCUCAGUGACCUGAGCUUGGCCCGGGAGAGCAGAGUUAAGACAGAAGGUAAAAAGGAAAAGAAAUGGGGGCCAGAUGGUGCAGAGAGGCUGAAGCAGCAGAGGGACAGCAUAGGUGAGACAAUACUUUUCUCUGUGCUUAUCCUCAGGACCCUUGUUGGCAGCUUACAAACAAGGUUAUUUACAUACAGUAUACUAAUAUUUAAAUAAAUCACAAGUUACUUACAACUAGGGCUAUAAUAAUAAUAAUGCAUUAGAUUUUUAUAGCGCUUUUUUGUCAGUGACCUCAAAGCGCUUUACAUCGGAUACAUCAUUCAUUAGCUCACACAGUCACACCGUGGUGGUGGUAAACUACCUUGGUAGUCACAGCGGCCCCGGAGCAGACUGACGAAAACAUGGCUGCCAGUUUGCGCCUACGGCCUCUUUGACCACCACCACACAUCAUUCACAAUCAUACACCAGUGGAGGACACACACUGGGAGCAAAGUGGGAAAGUGUCAUUUCCAAGGACACAGCGGACAGACUAGGGAUAGGGCGGGACUCGAUCCGCCAACCUUCCAGUUAUUGGCCGACCACUCUACCUCUGGAGCUACUGCUGCCCCAGUAGAGCUGGGCGAUAUGGGAAAAAAUUUAUCACAGUAUUUUUUUUUUUCAUAUCAGUCAAUAUCGAUAUAUAUCACGAUAUAAAAAAUGAAAUUUAAUACAAAUGAAAUACAAUAAGCUACUGCAUCUGUGAGGUCUCUUAGACGUUUUGUCGUAAGGCCUUGUGCUGUUAAAGUACGAUAGUUGCGAGUAGCUGCAGUCUGCUACUACGCAGUUGUUUGCUGCUUGAUGCUAAUUCAGCACAUGAUUGGUUCAGCGUGAAGUGGACCCGGAGAAACUCCCCUUUUCAUUGGCUAUUAGUAUAGUCUACCAAAACAUGGCAGAAUGUUGGCCAUCUAUUGAAAAGUAUAUUGACCAUGUUUUAUAUCGAUAUCGAGGGAAAUUAAUUUUUGAUAUAUAUCAUUACCAUUUUAUCAUCCAGCCCUACUUACAACUUAGGAGUAUAAACAUUUCGUCUUUCUUCUUUUAUGGAGAACUGACCGGGAACACAUUCAGUCUUCAUGAAAAACUAACAAAACCUGGUAUGCAUCGUCCCUGAAAUCUCUCCCUCUCUGUCUAAAAAAGAUAAAGAUAAAGAAAACACAGACACAGACACACACACACACACACACACACACACACACACACACUCUGCAGGUGGGUUAAGAUCAAUGAAAGACUCAGGUGCUCUGCAGGAAGACUGCUGUGUGCGUAUAAAAAAAGCUCCUUUGAGGCGACCUGCGUGAUUCACCAGUUUGCAGGAAAUGAGUCUGGCUCCCUCUGUAUGGAUGUGUGUAUUUGUGUGCAUGUUGGAUCAGGACACGCCUCAGUGAUUGUGACAGCUCUCUUCACAUGUCUGUGCUGCACCAAAGCCAAACUGUCUGUCAUCCUCCCUCAGCUUCUCUAUCCUUUACUGUCAGCUUUGAUCCAGACAAGACUUUCCCCAAAGAACAGACCAACAGUUAUGCGUCGUGACCUCCUCUCAUGUCCACCAACUUCUGUGAGUGCCUGUCUGGCUGAUUAGCCUGCAGGAACAGUGGGGUAUUUAUCUUCUAGCAGGAAUCUGAUGAUUGGUGUGGUGGAGGCGGCGCUUGGUCGGUGGUUUGGAAGACUCCCCUUGGCUCUCUCUAAGGCUGUGUUUACUUGUUGGUUGCUUUGCUGCAGCUCCUCUCCGGUCUGUGGGACUUUGUUAGGAACAGGAGGGUUCCAGCUUUCACUGGAGGAACCCGGGAGACGAGAGACGGGAAUAAAAGAGAUGAAACAAGAGACUGUGGGGGGAGUUCUUUCAUUUCACAUUGCAUUCCUGGAGAGUAAAGUUUGCUUGAGGGAGUUAUUUGUGGUUAGGAGCCGUUUGUUCCUUUUGUUUACUGUCUCUGUUUUGAAACCAUAGAUUUCCUGUCCCUGUAUUUAUCUUAAUUUAGAAAGUCUCGAGGGAAAUCGUUCUAGUAUUCAGGAUGUGUACUGGUUGUUUGGGUUAGAUUUAUUUUAUUAUACAUUCUUAGAUAAAGAAGAAAUGUGGGCUUAUAUUACAAUCCUUGCAUUCGCCCCCAAGUGUAGAAGAAGGUUUUAUCUACUUUAAACAUGUGAAGAUCAGUCGUUUCAUUCCAUCUGGGGGCACAGACUGUGAGAGUCAACAACAGUGCUGGGUGUGGUUCUUCUUGACCUGGAGACUUGAUGACUGUUUUCUCCUGUUUGACCAGAGGGCUUGGAGUGUAGAGGUUUUGUUUUGCUGUGCUGGGAUGUGAGUUGUUUUUCUGAAUGUUGUGGAAGUGUUGAUGGCACACGACUGCGAGGAAAGGCCCAGGGAGAUGAGGUGAUGCCACUUAGGGAUCACUGAGGAGGUAAUUAUUCAAGAAGAGGACCACCACACAGAUGUUUCUGAUAUUUUGUACUCUUACCACAUGUAUUGGCUCACUAAUAGAGUGAAAAACCAUGUCAACACAAUUCCCCCUGUACCUGGGAAAUCUCAUCUUUGUGAUGUUCUCAGCUUUUGCUCUGUGGAAAAACAGACUUAUUCUUCAGAAACAGGACUGCACGAUGACAGAAAACACUAACUUUGGUUUAAUUUGUUCUUAAAAAGACACUGUGGUUUAAUACUGACUCUGACUACUGUGUGAAAAUAGAGCCAGAGGUUGUUGUUCUGCUUUAACUGUAUGUCCUUACUCAUUCUUAACCAUGUUAAAAUACCAUUUAGAGAUGUGCUCAUAAUCUUGGUUGACCAAAGUUACACCAUGUCUCUCAAUCUUUCAUCCUCCUCUGAUGAAUUAUCACGGCACAAUAACUAUUGAGAAUCAGACUAUCUAAAUAACUUAUCUGAUAACGUUUUUUUUCCCAAUCUGCAACAAAAACAUUUAAGAGGAGACACUUUUCCCAGCCUCACUGUGUAUUUGUCAGGGGUGGGAAUCACUAGUGGUCCCAUGAUACGAUAUUAUCACGAUACUUGGGUCACGAUAUGAUAUUAUUGCGAUUUUUAACAUUUUGCCAUACAGUGAAUAUUGCGAUACAAUAUCUUGCGAUUCAUCUCUGAGACAAGCAUUAAGUUAUGUUUUAAUGACUGAAGUGCUGUAUAGGUUUAAGAGGUGUUUGUAGGGGGCAAGAAUACAGUGUUACAACACAAAUCAUGAUUCAUGGGGUUAGUUUACUAUUGCAAGAUACUACAACUUUACAUGCAAAGGGGCUGUGUUGUGUUUUGGUCUAUAAGCCUGGGGUCUUUGUGUUUAUCUAAAGGUAGCAGAUUUAUUACAGGACAGAUUUGAACCACUGUUUUCGCAUGGUUUCAAGUAGGAGAGUAAUGAUUAACAACUAUAUUAGGGGUGGGAAUCACUUGUGGCCCCACGAUAUGAUAUUAUCAUGAUACUUGGGCCACAGUACGAUAUUAUCACGAUAAUUGGGCCAUGAUACAAUAUUAUUGUGAUUUUUAACAGUGAGUAUUGCGGUACAAUAUAUUGGGAUUCAUACAUUUUUUUCAACUGUUUAGCUAAUUGAGCCUUUGGAUUUCCUUAAUGUUUGUCUUAUUUACGCUGUAUUUUAUUUUCCUGUAGCACAUCUUGCAAACCUUAUAUAUAUAUAUGUUGUAUUAACUUUCUCGUGCUCUAUGAUGUCACCUCUGCCAAUCACACAGGGCAAACAGUUGAUUUUAUUUUUCCAUUAUCAUACUUUCGACAUCAUAUUAGCAAUGAAUUUGAAAAAUUGAUAAUUGGUAAAUGAGACGAUACGAUAUAUAAUCAUAUAUCAUCAGACAAAAUAUCUCGAUACUAUGCUGUAUUGAUUUUUUCUCCCACCCCCAGUAUUUGUUAAGCACAUCGCAGUGCAUAUUGAUGUGAACACAGAUCUGAAGAACACAAAACCUUACAGCUUUUACUCUUAACCUCAAGCAGACAUGUCAUGCAUUUUUAGAUCCACAUUUAUUCAAUAAACCAGCUUAUGCAGGUUAUUUUGAAUGCAGGACUUGGCUGUCUGGACUUUUUUUUUUUGUCAGAUGAACUAUCUGACUCCAGGCAACCUUACAAAUUGAAGAAGUCUCUGCUGGAACAGGAGAGUCCAAAAUUGCAAUGACUGUUUUGAAUUUCUGUCAAUCCAAUCCUGUGAUUGAUGGAACAAAAAGAUGUUUGAAUAAAAUUAAAUAGUCUUAUUCAGGAUGUUGUUAUUAAGAAGGUCUCCCUCCCAUCCCUGCAAAUAAUGGGUGAAAAUUUACCCUUCCUGUGAAAAUAACAUGUGACUGUUUGACCAAAUAGAUUUUGUGCGGAUGAGAGCUCAUCGACCAACUAAUCAAAUAACCAACCUGAGGGUGUCACCCCCGUAAAAUUUGCAAAACCAGCCUAGUGACAGAAAGUUUUUAAAACAAAAACUCACUCCCACUACCUGUCAACUGUCACCAUACUUCUUCAUGCCUGAGGGGCUGACAGUAAACACUCUGCAGCAUGUUUGCAGGGUUAACAGCCGUGAUCGUCCCUUUUGACACUAUCUCUAAAGCAAUAGUGUUGUGUUCCUGUUUACAGUUAACUGUUAGGUGACACACAGACUCUGCAGCACAGUGGUCAGCUCACUCUGUGCCCUUCCUCACAGCAUCCUCCCAUCUCGGCUCUGUAAAUGAAAGAAAACUGAAGGGGACGGGGAAAGACAAGAUAGAUGUAAAGAAAGAGCAAAGAGCCUUGGCCUCAUAAAAGUCAGCCAUCCUUAUAAUUAGCCGAUACUCUGUUCCUGUCCAGCUGAGAGACUUCACAACCAAACAUUAAUAACAAACUGUCUUUGCAUAAUCAAACCGACUUUCCAACACGCUUCAUUGAGCUGUCUCUCAGGACAGUGAAAGCACAAGUGGCUUGUUUGAAGAAAAAUGUUUCCAUCAUCGGCAACUAGGCUGUAACAAUAAGGUCAUAAAUCAGGAGAGAUUUUUCACAUUUGACAGUUUAUUGAAAUGACGCAAUUAAUGGAAAAUGUUAGUGCAGUUUUACACUUCUAAUGGUGAAUUUUUCUCUUUCUGUUCUCCUCUAAUCUGCUACAGCUCCUGUCAACUUCAACAAAAUGCCAAGCUAAUUAAACAACAUCUACGCUCAGACUAUUGGCUCUGUAGCUAUUUUCAAUUUACUGUUUGGUCUUACAUUGGAUUUAGAUAAUGUGUGCAGUAUUGUCAUGAACCAUAAAGUCAGGAAAUUAACAUCUGCCAAGGAUCAAAUUCAGGUAGACUUUCAAAUGUCAUUUUGUAAUAAAUUGGUAAUUAUUAACUUUUUACUUUCACAAUUGCUGUUUUCACAACUGUUUUUUGGGGGCAACAAGACUCUUUUUAGGUGAGACCAGGCUUUAACGAUGAACAGUUCUUAAAAAAACUGUCUGCAAAAAACUCAAUUAUCAUUUUGGACGAUAAAAAAUGUGCAUAACCUGUCCAUUUUUUUAUCAACCUGCUGCCUCGGCUAGUGAGUCAAAGAGUCGAAUUUGGACCCUGCAUAUACACUGUAUAAUAAAUGGUUGUUUAAACUUUGAUAGUAAGCCCGGACUUUUAACUCAGUGUCUUAUUACGUUAUUCUUCUCUCUAUUCUCUUUACUACUCUUGCAAAAUCAUAAUAUGAUGCAUACUUGGAGAGGCAAACUCUAGCCAUCACAAUAACUAAUUUAAACUCAAUAUUUUGUACUUUUUGCUCUCCAACAAUCCUCUCUAAAAUGUUUGCAAGAUGGAACCUCCUGGCAUAACACUGCUGACUGUUUUAUUUUCCUCCACUGCUUCCCAACACUGCUUGUUCAAAACACAACUUGGUUCCCUGGACUUAGGAAAACAGAAUUAAAAUACAAAUAUAUAAGCAAACAUAUCUCCAAGUAGUUCUAUCCUUUAAAAAGCCAUUUCCUUUUUCGCUGAAGUCUGAAGUUCCACUUUGAAAGCUGUUGUUUUAAUUCUGCUGAAAUGUUCAGACUCACUUUGACAUAUUCACCGGCAGUUGUUCUUUUGCAGAUAUAACAUUAUUCAACUUGAACUGGGCGUUUGCCAGCUGCCAUUGCAACACUUUUCUUGGGUACGGUGCUUUAGGAACACAUUUUGUCUAACAUACGCUGCAGCACUCCCUGAUGUAAACACUGGAGCUUGUUAAUGGUCCCCCAAGCAGCGCAGGACUGUCUAUCUGUCAACUACUUACAGAGGACCGAGUCAAAUUACUUGGGUGUUUAUGUUAUUAACACGCCUAUCUCUGUCUGACUUCAGUGCACUUGAUUGGGUCAUUUGUUUUUUUGAAAGCUGAUGGUUAAGAUGAUCAACUUCAGUAGAGGGUGUCCUACAUUCUCUCUGUUAAAGGAUUUUUUUUUUUAAGAGUACGGUUGUAUGAGGUAACCCUCUGAGUGUACUCGGGAUUCUGGAAAGCUCAGCCUCUUUGCUGAGAAAGCGGCUGGCGAACCGGAACAGGAGGCUAUGAACCACUAUAGACAGAAUAAACCCACCACAGAGUUAGGAGUGGUAAUGCAUCAGUAACUGAAGAAAAGGUGUCGAAGAAAGAACAAGUGUCGAUAGAAUAGUUUGAGUUCUGUUAACAGUGGCAGAUUUAAUCAGAAUGUAGACACAAGUUUUAGUUGUUUAAAGUGAUCUUGUACUCACUUGACCUUAAUCAGCGUUUCAACCGGCUCUGUGUUGGAGGAAAAAAAAGAAACAGCAUACAGAGAGAGACUCAGUAAAGGCUCUGUUGGCUGAAAAACUGACACUGCACAAUCAUCCUGGCUUCAUGCCUUCAGUUUAAUUCAUCAUCGGUUUUGGCUGACAAAAACGUACAUCUGGAAAAAGGAUCCAGUUGUAUGGAAACAUAUGGUUCAAAUGCUGCCAGAUGGCAUAUUUUCACUCCCUGGGUACUCUCUCUCUCUGUGUUUUUACACUCUACAGAAACUGUGGGGUAGAAAUGUGAAAAAUCAGUUUUUACCUUUGUUGGUGCUCUGUGAGAAUGCAUGCUUUUAUAACUGUCCACUAAAAGAUCUAUCAACUCUAUUUUUUUUUUUUUUCUACCUUUGGCAUUUUGAUGAAAAAAGUGAUUUAUUUUCAGGAAUAGAAAUUUGAGUUUGGCCGUCUCUCCCUCAUUUUGAAGUACAGGUGCAUCCAGUAAAUCUGUUCUCUUAAGUGUCCCUCUGAGACUCUGCUCAUCAUGGAAACAAACCUUUAAUAUGUGAGACACUAAAGAUUCUCUCAGAUAUGAGGACGGCUACAGCAAAGUAAACAGAAUAAAGUUUACCUGCUCAGGAGAGAAGAAGAUGAGGAAGGAAGGAGCUGUGGAGAGUGACUGAGACUGAAAUGUAGGGGGGAAGGGAAGGGUAAGAUCUAACCUCUGAUAGUCUCUACUGGAAGGAAGGAGGCUUUGAUACGGAAAGCAAUUACUGCGCUUGAAUUUGUAUUAUGUAACACGAGUCAGGGAUUACCUGUUUUUGUAAAGGAAAGUCACAGAUAAGGCUUUUUGUGUGGCUUGCAUUGUAGAAGUAUGAUCCACAAUGGAUGUUAAAUUAUUUCACAUGAUAUAUUCUCUUUAUUUCACUGCUUUAAAAUAUAAAUUUGAUAAAAACAUAUAUCUAGAGUGAGAUUAAAGCCUGUUCCAACACAGUGAAACUAUGUUAUCUAUGAUGCGUUUAUCUGUCUUGGAGGAUUUAUCCUUUGAGUAAUGUUCGCUUUGGAUCUAGAAACAUAUUUUUGAGCCCUCCUGGUGUUAUAUGUGUUUGGCCUUGAUGUGCAAGUCCUUUGAUUGCCAGAAAGGUGUCUAAUAUCUCAAGUGCUGCAUAAAUAAAUCAUCUGCCUUGGCCAGAGGAGUUGAUCAGUUUAUGCAUGUCCUUUGUAAGUUGUCAGCUUCUCCUGGGGGCAUGUCUGCUCCCAGAUAAACACAUUUUUCUCCGCACACUCAUCUUCAUCAUUUUCUGUCGUUUUCAGACAAAUCUCCUCAGAGACUAUGAGCGAGAGAAAACUGUGUAUUACCCGAGAGGUUAGAGGGAGAUUUGUUUUUUUUCUGUUUGUAUCCAACAUUAUUUAUCCUCUCUACACACCCAGCACUGAAAUGGUUCUUUUGUCUAUUGUCAGCUCAAUGUAAACCUUUAUCAUGUAGCUCGUAAAGCAGAAAUCAAAAUGUUUCAUUUCCAGCAUGACGGAGGUAUUCUCACUUAGAUACAAGAAACUGUAAGAUUGCAUUGACCUUGGGGAGACUUCAGCCGGACUGGGGGGAAAAAAUAACUUGAAAGAGAACAUACUUCUCUGUUCUACAUCAGCAGACUCUUCUCCCUCCAACUGUCCAAUAUCUGUGAUGCAUACUAGUUAGUGCAAGAUCUUUCUCAUCUUAUAUAAACAUUAUCCUGUGGUAGAGGUGUCCUGAUCUGAUAUUGUUAUCAGAUAUCUGUCCCAUAUCAGCAAAUAAAUGAAUAUCGGAAUAUAUUGGCCUGUAGUGUUGGGCGGUAUGAUGGUAUAGACCAGUGGUUCUCAAGUCUAGUCCUCGAGGCCAACUGUCCUGCAUGUUUUGGAUGUUUCCCUGCUCCCACACACCUGAUUCAAAUGAUCAGCUCGUUAUCAAGCCAUUACAGAGCUUGAUAACGAGCUGAUCAUUUGAAUCAGGUGUGUUGGAGCAGGGAGCAACUGAGUGAAACACUUAAAAUGCAUAAGUUUGUGCUAUGAUAUAUCGGCCAGUAUUGAAGGCUACAAUUUUGGUAUCAUAUCGGAAGUUUAAAAAAGUUGAAUCGGGACACCUCUCACUUGGGAUUCCAUAAUUAUUAAAGAAGUACACUUUAUAUGGUGAAUUUAAGAAAUUUCCUAAAGGUUUACAUUGAAACGAAUCAAAUUAAUGUUGCUUUUAUUCAUGUAUACAAACAUGUGGUCUCUCAGGGGGGAAAAGGAAAGCCAAGUAGCAAGCACCAAAGAAAAAAAAGCAAUAUGGAAGUCACAAAAUCUGCAGUAAGUCAAAAAGUCACUUAGCUGGUUUCAACAGGAAGUCAAGGAGACCCAUCCUACGUCAGUUUCAGCCUGAGUGGAGGUUUUCCAAACUAUACAACAACAAAAAAAAAAGGAGUUUGUUGAGUGACUAGUCGUCUGUCUCGCUGUCUGAAAAGCAUGUAUGGGCUGAGCAUAUUGCAUUUGCUUGAAGAAAUCAGCCUGUAUAAUUGGUCUGUUUAUGGCUUGAGUGAGUCUGGUUGUCCAGUAAGCCGGCUGUUCACUAAGUUUUCAUCUCAGCUGGUUCCAUCACUGAACUUUAUGUACUUUUGAAAUGUUUUCAACUGAGCGUUUAACACAAAGUUUGCACAGUGAAUACUGCUAAUUAACUGUCUAGUGAGUCUGUCUAUCAGUUUUUUUGGGGUGGGUGGAAAUGUACUCCAUAUGUGAACACUCAUUAGUAAGAAUCAGUGCCCCCACUCAUGAUAUCAAGCUGUUUCGCUCGGUCAUUGUUUCUCAUACUGUAGUUUAUGUAAGCCUUUGCUUGCAUGGGAUUUAGGAUUACUGUUGGCUUUUGCUCGAUUAUUUCCUGUGAAAAACCCUUUGUGUAGAUUUUCCUGUUGCAGGCUUUCUGGACAAUAGUCAAUAUGACCCAUUUCCUCCCUAUGCUGCAAGAAUGUAUAAGACGGAGAAAUAAAACGGCAUUGUUACCUUAUUGAAACUUAAUGUUUCUGCUACAAAGUUGUGUUUCCAUUUCUCCAGGAAAGGAACCGGCUUGUUAACUGUCUGUAAGUGAUUGAGGCGAAGACCGAGAAUUAUCGAUCAGGCUCUUAUGCAGAAAAGCCCCGGCAACCCUCUCAGUAAAUAUUUGUUGAGCUCGCUCUCUCUCCAUCCCUGAGAACAAUACAGACAGCGUAUGCUAAUUUAUACUUUGGGAAGGCAAACAUUGAACACGGAGAAAGCUCUCCUCCGCUCAUAAAUAAGACAGAGACAGAGAAGAAGUGCUGAACCAUCCAUUCCAACUGUGUGACUCGCUGAGCCGCAGCUUUAUAUUAACCUUUUUUCUCUACUUGGUAGUCAUGUCACAUAUUUAUUCUUUGGAGGUUUCAAAGGAUGUUUUCUCACCACUAUAGUAUUUUAAAAUAGAACAUUAUUUUGUUUACAUGUGUGUAGAUGGCUUGUUACAUUGACUCACAAGUUAUUAAUAUAUGACCCCCUCCUGUCAACACCAGAGAACGGCUGUCGUCUUUUCAAUAAAGUAAUAUGCUGUACACACUGAAGGCAGAGGGCACGUACAGUUAUCGUCUAAGUUCAUAUAUAACUCUCACUGAUGCCACAAAUUCUAACUUAGUUUUAAACAAGGUGGCCCCGGGGCUCCUCUAUUUUUUGACAGCAUGUCAUGUGUUUCAACCAGUUUUCAGUCUGACCCCCUUAAGCUUGGCAGAAAUGCUCUCUGCCUGUGUUCAGUUUUCUGUCAGACUACAGCUGACAGAGGAAGAACAGGGAAGAUUUAGAAGUAGAAAAAGAAAAAACGUCCUCUUUAGGGUUUCUUUUAAGGCGUAGCAGGAUUGAUACCACCAGAUUUAAUGAAUUCAGAGUUGUAUCUGAUGGUACAGUUCUAUGCUUGCUGAGCCUGAUGAUUCUUAUAUCAUUUUAAAGCAGCUAGUAUUGAUUUUGAAGUAGGGCACAUGGAUUUGCUGAGCAAGUACAUCUGGAUUUAACUCUAUCAGUCUCUUUUAAAGGGUGGGGAUUUAUCUACAGUCCCAAAACGUGGAGAAUUUCUGCCCUCCAAGCAAAUCUGAGUCCAACCGGGCUCUACAAGACAAGGUGCAGAGAGCUAGAUUUGAUACCAUACAAUACUCAUUUAUCAUUUUCUUCAUGUAAUUGUUCGUCUGAAGGAGUAUUUAAAGCUGCAGUGUUGGAUCCAUAGAAACUUUUCCGUUGCUCUUGCUUUGUAAGGGAGGUUUACACAGUGAGUGAUUUUGUGUUCCCUGAGGCCCAAAAGUUCACGGUGCUAAUGCUUGUGAUUGGGACAAGGUCCAAGACAUUCUCUCCAAAUCCCUGACUUAAGUCUUUUUCUAAUCCAUUCCCCCUUCAGAGGCUACAAGCAAGCGAGUGUUUGAGGAAGAGACAAUAAAAGAAAGCUGAAAGUUGCUUCAAAGGACUGAUUGACAACCAAGAAACGAUAACAGAGUUGUGUUGUGGUGUUUCAUUCAUGCACAGGGAGAAGACUCACGCUGUUGCGGGAUGUUUGUCCAGUGUGCUGAAGAAUUCAUACAGACAGCACUGAAUCUACUCAGCCUAAAUAAUUAGACCUUGUGGGGACUAUCAGAGACAUUUUUGGAAAACACACACACUUAUGACAGCCCUCCCCCAAAUACACAAGCACACUGCUCCCCAUAAUGUCACUCUUAGUUAUAGUUAUCAGAUUAAAGCCAGCCUGUUGCCAGAUAAGAAUUAAUGACUUACUUGGCUCUGACGGGACGAAGUCUUAAGCAACUUUGUGAUCAAGUCAGAUUUGAAUCAGGUGUUGGACAGCUAGACUGUUUGGAUGAGCCAUUUUGAAGAAGUAAGUGUUUUAUUGUUGUAGCGGGUAAGCAAAAACUGGCCAGCAGUUUCUGGUGAUAAUUUCCACCCGAGUGGAACAUUUGACAGAAACUUGUUAGAUUGUCAAAAAUCUCUUGCGUGGGUUUAAAAUAGUUGACUUCCAACCCGCGGAGAGUCUUGAACUCUCGUGUUUUCGUCUCUCCUUUAAAUGGGGCAAACUACACCAGCUGUAUCAGAGGCAGAAGUGCGGACUGCUCAUUAAAAGUUGCAGAGAUCAAAGUUUAAUUGGAAGUGUUAAGGCAAAGAAAAGCACUGUGUCGGCUCGCAUAGAAUGCAAUUACUUUUACAUGUCUGUCAAUUACAGUGUGUGUACUAUGUGUGUGUGUGUGUGAGGUAUUUUUAGGACAAAAAAGUCAAGAAGCUUUAAGAAGUGGUGUUAAGUUUGUCUCUGUUAAAGCGGCGGAGGAGGAGCUGAGGAGUUUUAGCUCAUUACGGGACAGACUUCAUCUUUACAAUCUGCAAAAGCAAAGGAGACCCUGUAAUAACUUUCCCUCAGUCUUUAUGUUAUUGAUGUGCAGGAAAGCAAAGGUUUGUAUAAUCUCAGGCAAAGUUUGAGUCAGUCACUGCCAGUUAAAGCAUGUGUUUAACACGAUCAGUUACGCCGCGCUCUUCUGAACAAAACAUCUUUUAAUCAAGGCAUUCGCUGAUGGACACGAAGAAAAACAACUGCAAACGAGUCCUUCCAGAAGACAGAAAAUCAAAGUUGGCCUUCAUUCAGUAAACUUAUCAGAUUUGUUAAAUCAGAUGAUGAAAACAGUACGAUUUGAUUAUAACCGGACAAUAACUAAGACUACUCUUUAUCAGCUUUACAUCUAUUCUUGGAAAUAAUAAUGCUGCACAAAUGGUUUUAAUUAACAGGUGCAUGAGGUUACGCUGCUUGUCUGAUUUUACACAUAUGUGGUCAUUCUAGGUUGAGAUGUGACCUUAAGGAAUCAUGAUAACACUCGAGAUGGAGUUCACCCAGCGGUUGUGAGGCUUGACUCUGACUUGAUAUUUCUUGCCUCAGAACAAACUGAUAAAAGUGAGGGGAGUAACUUUCAUUUCCUCCCACUCUUGCUCUCUUCACUGUCUUCUCUUUAUACCCAACAUGUGUAGCUCUCCCACAUCUCCUCCACGCAUUACUCCCUUGAUUCCUACCUUGUGUUGUAUUGAGACAGAGUCUUUGGAUUUGAAGCUAAAUAAGACAAAUUCUGAACUCACAGGCACAGAAAAGACAUCCAUGAACUGUUUACUUUGCGUUUGUUUGUGAUCUUCAGCAUGAUUGUUUCUUAAAUUUAGACUCUUAUAGUGAUUUUCCUGCCUUUUCUGUCACUUCCAACUUCAAGAUGUUUAAAGUUCAGCCUUUAAAAUCUGCAAGUGCUCUUGUUGACAGGAAGAUAAAGCUUGACUCUGAGAAUAACACAGUUGCAGUUUCUUUUUGGCGCUCAGUGCCUAUUGCAUGUCAAUAAAAAGUCUAUGGGUGUGGGCCACUGGCCAGUAGGAUAUGAACUAGCGGUCUGUUUAAAGAUUGUGUCAUCUGACAUUAGGUCACUAUAUAAAUAGAGUGCUCCAUCAAAAAAUCAAUUUUAAUUUCCAUAAGUGUAGUCUGCAUCCCACAAGCCUGAUGUGAUAAAUGGUAGAGUUUAAAUCUAUGUUAAUAUGUGCGGUAAAUGCUAUUUUUAUUCUUCAUCCAGUUUUCAUAUUCUCCUUCCUUACAAGAUUAACUGAAUAAGUGAAAAGGUUUUGCGCAAAGCUUCCAAAUGGCCCUCAAAAUUAAGAGUCAUAUUUCCCAGAUCAAUGAAAGAUCACAACAAUAAACAGCACAUCCUUUUAUGCGGGGAGCACACUUUCACAGAUAGACUCGUCUUCAUUAGCUUCUCCUAUAAUCUAUAAACAUCAGAUGGGCAGAUCAAUAAAGCAUAUGGGAGGUCUUCUGUCUUAACAACAUAACAAUCUAGUACUGCGCUGUUCUUCAUUUGUUACGAAUCAGGGUAUCUCACUUACCAAUUAAGGAUUGUUUUUGCCGGUCGUGCCUCUGUCCUCAGGGACCUGAUCAGUCAUGUAAAUAAAAGGGUCUGUGUUGGGAAGCAGUGGAAAGUAGGAGGUAAUGGUCUCUGUUGUUCACCUUGCUUAGCCUUUGUGUUCACUGAUCGAUCAGCUGGAGAAUAACAAACGAAAGUUCACGGACAAAGUGCCCAUUAGCUGUUGUGCAAUAAGCUGAUCCUGUUCUCGUAUUGAUUUUGAAGCUCAGGGUUUUUGACAGAAAGUGAAGUGUUUGUGAGAAUGUAGGUCUUCAGGUGAUUUCACAGAACUUUCUGUUACUCAGUAUGUGAUAGUUGAAAGUUAGCAUCAGUAAAAUCAUUCCACAUUAGUACACAAGUUAUAAUGCACUAUUUUCACAAAAAUGAGAGUAAUAGUUGGGCUAAUUUUGGUGUUACCUACAGCUGACCACCGGUGAGAACAAUAAACAAGCUGUAGAGUCGCUGCGCAAGUAUCCCCCACACCUGUUCACAUUUACUCCCCUAACAUACUUGACUUCGGUUUCAAUUCAAAGGUCAAACAAGCGGCUGCUGGAAGAGAGUGGGUGAGUUGUGUUUAGUCUCUUUGCUAAAGAAAUUAGGCAAAGCUAAAAAGAUGUUUGGGGGUUAGUGCUGUGGCUAGGACCCUAUAUGUCCUGUUGAUGAAGUUAGGUGCUGUUCUGAGCAUUACUUGUGGCUAUAGAGUGGCGUUUUGGUUGAGUGUAACUCGGUUUUACUCAGUGUGUUUGACCCUAAAUUAAUUUUACGCCUGAAUAUCCCUUUAAACCAGUCAUCUCUGUGCCUGGUCUUACCUGCAUUUGAGUGAACUUGCGAUAAGUGUUGCCAAGUUACUUUCAUCUAUUCACUCUCUUCUCCAAUCAAAAUAUUCACAGGGUUCCAAUAACAUGACCCAAAACAGAGAGUAUAUUGAUAGCGAAAUACUCAAACUUGUAAAAACAUUCUCACUGCCAACAGAAGCUUUUCACAGGUACAUGUAAGUCUAUUACCAAAAGUGUAAUUAUUAAGCAGCAUAAUCAUGGACUGGACAGAGUUAAUGCUCAGAGCUGACAUCCUACACGAAACCUGAGAGACCACACCAACCAGUGUGAUCAGCACCUGCAGGUUGGGGACAGUGCCCUGUACUUAUUCGACAUCGGCUGUAGCUGAAAGGAGAGCUCUUUGAAUAAAUCACACAGGUCUCACUUGUUAAAAAAGAGUCACGUCCGAUCACGGAUUAAUCUCUCUUAUCUAAGCACACUUUAAUCAAUUAUCCUUUUCAUCUGUUAUCCUGCCAUCCCCUUUUUUUCUUUGACCAUUGCUGGUUUUUAUUCAACCUAUUUGUCAAAGCAGAGUAUGAUAUAUUGCUUUCUAAUUUGACAAUGACAAAUUAUCUUUUAUACGUUAUUUUCAUGUCUUAUUUGGGACUUAACUGAGCCCAGAAAUUAAAGCGUUGAAUUUUAAUGAGCUCUUUGUUCCCUGUUGGUUUCUCUCGCAGUCUUUCUUAAAUUCUUUCUCCAUCACGCCUCUUGCCCUCGUCCCUUGCCUGUGCUUACAGUGCAGUAGCCUUACUGUUCCUGUGAAUGGCAUGCAUGUUAAUUGCGGUAAUGAAGGUCACCCAAAGAAGCAGCUGGAGUCCUUCUCUGUAUCUACAACACUUCCUGUAGGGAAGUUAGUGCCUUGCGUGCGCCUCACCAGGACACCAAAAACACCAUAUGCUCCCCUCCCACCACCUCACACCUCUCUGAGGGCUACUGCUGAGAAAGAUAAUCACAGAGCCGUGGGCAUGGCGGAGCAUGUGAGAUAAUACAGUGUUGAGUUCAGUUUGAGCAAUAAUUGCUGUCUGGUAGCACAGAGACUCUACUGGGCAAAUUUGUCUUUCUGACCACCUAAUGAAUGAAUUAAUGGGUCCACCUCCUCCUGAGCUUCGUAUUACAAUUUGCAUAUUGUCAUUUUGUUUGCAGUUGCUCUGCAAAUGUUCAAAGGUCCUGGAACAUUUGUGUAAAGCUCACAAAGAGUCCAAACACUUUUUACCGAGUCUCCACAUUUCAAUCUGAGUUUUAUCUUAUUCUGCUUUUCCUCACAGACCACAAAGCUGGCAGCACAACUGUGUGUGUGGUGCACAUCUAUUAUAGAUUUCUCACUUACCUUUUGUUGCUGUCUGGUGGAAAACCAUUUAUCUUCAAAUGAAAACUUUUUACAAAGGAGGGACACAACCUUAUUUUGAGCAAGGUGACAAUGCAUUUUUGAGAUAAGCUGGAGGAUUUGGAAACCGUUCCAUGAGCUUUAGACUUUGAAGAAUUCCCUCAACUUGUAAUCCUUCUGCUUAAUCAAAAAUGCACGAAUCCUGAAACCCUCGAGGUGCAUGGAUUUACCGGACACCAGGGCCCCUGCAAAAAUGUGUGAUAAGGGCUGAGUAAAAUGCUUUCCAAUUUUCUUUUUAAUUUGAACACCGCAGAUGGGGAAAUAUCAGCAAGUCUAAGAGCCUCAUGAAGAAUAUCAGUCAGGAAAGCGAUGGAAAAUCUGGCCAGAGAAUUCUUCAAAAAAAUUAACAGGAGAUGUGCAAGUUUUUGAAAAGUCAUGCUCUCUAGGUUUGUACUUAAUAAACCUUUAAUUGACAGUGGCUUUUAGGCUCUACAUUCAGAAUUGUGUAAAUUUUAACCACUCAGCAAACUCCGACCAUCCUUUCAGAUUGCUUUUUAAUGAUGGUCCCAAUCACCUACUCAUUAAAGAUCACUCCCUGAUGCUUUUUUAAGUUUGAGGUAGAGCUAGUGCAGCUUUUAUCACCCUGAGCAAACUCACCCCCAAUGUCCACCGCAUCUGGAACGGCUAUGAAAAGGCUGUAUCCGCUGAUCGCAGCUGAUCGUCACCAUUCAAGUUAAUGUGUCGAUUUCCACCGACUUCUUUCCAUUCCACUGCGGAUCUCCGGACUCCGCAGCUGAUUGCAAGAGCUGAAGCAUGCUGGAUAAAUUCAGCACAGUUUAACCUGUGCUGGAAAGGAAGUUGAGCACAGACACAAAAUAAAACACCCGGCUUCUUUUCAAAAUAAAACACGCCAUGUUUCAGGCGAAUCGUAUUUUACACCAUGCAAAAAGGCGGGAACGAACAAGUGAAAGGUUUUAAGACAGCUUUUCAACCCGAUGACACCAUAAAUGAGGAGAUGCUGAUUCCAAAAGUCUAGAAGUGGAUUUCAUCCUCUGGUAGGCCACAAUCUACUGCUUAUAUGGUUAUGUGGCUGUCUUUAUAGAGACAACUUGUUAUCGCGCGAUUGCACGUGAAUCUGCGGGUUCUUGUAAUUUUCACAAAUUGAUCCGUUCUGCAUUGGAGCCGUUGCGGAUGUGGUGGAAAUUCGGGGUCAGUCUGGCUGAUACUGUAUAGGAUGAUACAUACAGUAUCAUAAGAGGUUAGUUUUUCACUUGAGAAGGCUGUGUCCAGUCCAGACAUGUCACAGACAUCACAUAUAGUCUCUACGCCCUACAGGGACAUUGCUUGUUUUAUGAAAGUCAUACUUGACGAGUCUCCUGAACUAACAGUAUGAUUAAAGUAUUUUUCCUAAUCCCUACACAUAACUUAUUCGUAGUGGGGGUUCAGGUCAACACCAGGCAAUCAGACAACUUGAAGUUUCAUGUUCAUCAGGAUUUAAAGGUUAGACAGGAUGAGGACUGGCACUUUGGCAUCUCACUCUCUCCAGGCAGCUGUGUGGCUCAGCAGCCAGGUGACAGCAGCCUGCAGGGACUCUCGAGGUCUACUGCGGGGACUUCCUCUGUCAGACAUUGGGUGGGCUGUUUUCUGGUAUUUCACAUUAAGGGCAUGGCUCAGCACCCCCCCCAGGAUCCCUGACAGUGCCGUGUUCGUACACUGAGUACAGUUCGCUGCAAAGCACGCGUACACUUAUACAGGAAAAUGAGUGUUUGUGUGAUAUUUAUUCAUUUAGGCACAGGAAGAAGAUGAUGUCAAAGGAGGUGCUGAUGUUUUGAUGUUUAAGUUUGGCUCGUCUUACGUGUGUUUUGUUUAAGAUGAAGCCAAGGAAGAGCUGAAUUUCUCAUUAUUUUCUCGCACUCAACACGGCACUAAAAGCGGAAGGAAAGGAAGAAUGAUAUCAUCGUUUACUAUCUGUCCUCAACCCCCAGCUGUUUUCCUGCCACAUGGAACAUCUUUCAUGGCAAGAACAGAUGGAAACUCACUGACUGAUGGAACAAACGGAGCUCUUCCUGUUUAUUCCUGACAAAGUAGCAAUCUGUGCUCUUUAGUGACACUUUUUUCUCUGUGUGAAGGCCAAUCACUUCUGCUUAUCCAUCAGACAUUGGCUUCAGCUCAACACACGGUUCAGUAGAGGACAGUUUCAGUCAAACCAUGUCAGAUUGUGAGAUUAAUAUUGCUGUGAUUUCUGUGCGUGUUGUAUAGAGAUUGAACCAAGGUGUGCUUGGUGUGGCGAAGGUUAAAGGCAAAGUAAGUGUCCUUUACAACCACAACAUGAAAAGCAACAAAAGUGUUAAAUUAUCAAAAAGGUAGAAAAUAAUUCUAAAAUAAGAGAUAGGACAUUUAAUUAUUGGAAAAUAUUUGGAUAUCCUUGAAUUAGGAGGUUAGAAGAUAUUUUUUGCACCAAACUCCAUUUAGGAUUUCAUGAUUUUUUUUUUUGUCAGAAUAUGGUGAGUACUGCUCGAGUUCAGAGACUACACAAUAGUAGUAAUCAGGUGCUUGUUUGGCUACAGGGAGAGUUGGAAAGUUGGAAAUUACCGUUAUUGGGUCCAUGAAAUAUAUUUGUGGAUUAUCUUCAUCACUGUGAAAGCCUCAUGUAUUACUUUCUAUGACUUGAGGCAGUGGAAGCAUGUUGAGAUUGAACAGUAGGGGUCCCAGAACGGAUCCCUGUGGAACCUCAUGGCAUGACCAAACAAAUAAUAAUGCCCGUGACUUGCUGAUACUGAGGGGGAGCGGGACCAUCAACUCCUGGGCUCAAUAGAGGAUCCAUACCUGCUGAAUAUAAUGUAUAAAGCAUGCUAUAUUAGAAGUCAAAAUUUUCACAACCAAGAUGCUGGUGUAAUUUAGAUUUAGUUGAUGUACUUUAAAAGUUUUAUUUGUUGAACUUAAUUAGAUUAUUUUUUCAAACCUGCUCAACUGUAUGUAAGUCAGGUCUUGAUAAUCAAGAACACAUCAUUAUUUCCUUUUGUACUUUCACAAACUUUCGAUAAACUUUCUCAGAGAUUAACUAGAAAUUUAGUAAUGCAGCCAAACAUUUUGUUUCUAAUGAGGAGGGAGACCGCAAAAACCAACAUAACAUUGAGUGAACACCUAAUGAGUGAGCUAGCAGAAAUAAUUCAAGACUAAGAGGAAAUUAUUGAUUUGGUUUUUUAGGUUCAUUGACAUCAAGGAGCUUUUUCAACACUUCCUUCUAUCUGGUCUUUCCUUUUAUCAGCUUAAUGCAUCCUCAUCUAAUGACACAAAAUCAUCAGCAAAUAACAGCAAACAAGAGCCAAUGAAUCGAGACGUGUCACAUUCAACUCUUGUUUAAUAAAUCACUGGAAAAAUGUGAUCUGAAUGUACAAAUGUGGAUGUGUCCAGAUCAGCCUCUGUUUCGGUUCUAUAAGUGACCUUUUUUGAAUGAUUCAUACUCUAUCCCUCUCUGGCUUUAACCAAAUAUUUAUGAAAAUAUGAGGACAAAUGAAUUUAUCACAACAUUAAAACAAAUAGAGAUUUUUGUAGUCCGUUUCUAACACUGUACAGUGAGCACAGCUUUGAUGUCUUUUGAAAAUCAUUCACUGUUUGCUAAAUUUUACAAAAAGACAAAUCAGAGAAACAGUUUCACAGGUCAUCAUUAAGUCCCCCUGUGUGUAUGUGGCUAAUACAGAAGAACUCUUCUUCAAUGGAGCCAUAAUGAAAAACAUCCCUAUACUCAACUUCAGUAUAAGAUGUCUGGCUUCAGUUGGUGUCAAGGAUUUCAUCUGCCUUUCUGGCACAAAAAGAUGUCUACAUGAAUUUCACUUUGGCUCAGUCGGAUGUCUUCAUGUCCUUGAUGGAGGCUCAUGCAGAGGAGUGCUCAUGGCGCAUUUCACCAACAAGGGAGGUUAAUGGAUUUUCUUUACCCUCUUUGGUGACAUUUAACAUCUAUUAUGUAGCCAGAAACUUUCCACAAGUCAAAAUGUUUCACUUUUGGUCAGUGGGGCUGUGAGUUUUAUCCUCAGCUUGUUCGCUGUCGUCUUAUCACAGGAGAUGAGCUGCGGGUCACAACCAUUUAAAGUGUGAUAGUCUUAAUACACAUAGAGCAGAGGUCCUAGCCAAACAAUUUCCCCAAGUUUAAUUAGAGGUUUGAUUUAUUUUUAGAUUUCUACUGUGCAAACCUACAUCAACUCCAUGUCAUAUAUUGACCUCACUGUAAUCCUCAAAAAGGUUGUCAGGUGGUUUCAAUUCUUUUGAAUGCAAUACAUGGUAUGAUUCAUAAUUAGACCUUUCACCUAAUCCCAAUAUGAAUCACACUCAUGAUACAGUACACUCUCUCGACUGAAGGAUUUGAUACUUUUUCUCUACAUGUUUUCCCCAUUAAUAUUAGCUGCAGUUUAUUCUUUGAUAUAUAAACAAUAAACUAAUGUCGGUGGUUUUCAAGUCUUUAUUUUUUGUAAAGUAGACUGCAUAUCAAAGAUGAGGGAAAAAAGUGCCCUCUGUCAUCAUUCUACAUGAUGCUGUUUUGAGAAAUGUCUGCAGCAGGCCUAGAAAUGUCUUUCUGCGGUUUUCUUAAACUCUUUAAGCAGCAAGAUGAUGAAUGUUUGAAGCGAGUUUUGCAUGAUAAUUGUUUCUCUUCAUCACACGCGCUCUACACGGGUGGACCCCCACAGAGUAUUGCUGAGUAGUUUCAGCAUUUUUAUCAGAGAAAGAUUUCAAUCUGCAGCGGAUAAACUAAGCACUUCUUGAACUGCAAUGUUACAUGUCUAAUAAGGAUGUGCUCAAUCUUUUGCUGCUGCGUUCAAAGAUUUCAAUAACAGCUGGUCGGUGUUGACGUCAUUGGUUAGAUACAUCAUAAACAACAAGCCUCCUCCACUUGUGAAUGACAUGCUGUGAAAACACAAAAACAGGUAAAUAUUUGAAAAUCCAAAUUUGAUGUUUUGGGCAACUUUGUAGAAGAUACUGCUGAUUAAAAUAGCAAGUAGUGCAACAGAGCAAAAUGCUGUGUAAGGAGAGCAGAGAUGGCAUCAAGUAAGCAGUUUAAAGAUGGUCAUCUGUGGGGAAACACUGCGUUAAUGAAAGCUCAAGCAGAUCCUUGUUAGCAGUCAGCUCUUAUGCCUAAUCUCAGCGUAACUCCGUCCAUAUUCGAUCCAGACAUUGCUUCACUAAACCUCGUCUAAAGGAGAACAGAUGGACUGUGAAAUGUAAUCUGGAAACAAGCCGGAGCUGUAUUGCUUUGAUUCACCAUUUGAUUUUACUUUUUAGGGAUGAAGGUAAAAUUCAAUGGACUGACUCACCGGUUAAGCAAUCCAACUUGGACAGACAAUUCAAUAAUAACUGUGAAUGAUUUCCGAUGUUUGGAUAGUAGAAAAAUACAAGGGAAGGUAUGGUAAUAGGUUAAAUUCCUUGUUUGCAAACAUCAAAGUACCAAAAGCCAGACCACCUAGACAAAGAUGAAUGCAUGUCUGAAGAGACCACCAGUGGCAGAGGAGAAAAGGGGAAUUGAAGUGAGUUGAACUCAGUUGGGAUGAGGAUUAUUACCUUAAAUAGUAUUUUAUCAUUGAGGUGAGACAAGGAUACCACCAAGGGAAGCAAUAAGUAUAAAUGAUCCAAAUGCUCUAACCAUCUCAGGUCUUAAAAACAGGUUGUCACAGACUCUUUCUCUUUGAUGCUACAUGAGUGACCCAGGUUUGACACAGAGGUUGUUUUCAGUUGAAGGAUAUCCGUUCCAGGCACAUCAGUUUAGGUCAUCCUGAAGAAGUAAGUGUUAAGGAAUGCACUUUGUUUUGGCUGUUUGAAGUUCCGACUCAUGCUAUUGCUUGAUCAUAUCCAGAUAGGGUUGCUAUGAGGACUCGGUGUAUUGACAUCCCCAGACUCCAACAAGUUCUGAAUGUGUUUUAUCUCUUUUCACACCAAGCCAAGAGAUUUUCCAGCCAACUGUAAUGACCUGACGCCACCUCGUUGCUGUUUUGAAAUUUCCCCGGCCAAUUAAGUUGAUUACAGAAAACAAGAAAUCCCAGAAAAUUAAUAAAAAAGUCAUUUCAUCUUCAAGCCUGGUGGAGUUUUCAAUCAGAAAUUUAAUCAGUUUAACUUGUACACGGCCUACAGGGAGCUCUGGUAGGCUGAUGUGUGUUAAAUCUGUCACAUAGCAUCACAGUAGGGGGAAAGCCUCAGGUCGGUGCCCCAGUGUAAUUAAAUAUUUCCUCGUAUCGGCGGACCUUGGCUUUAGAGGAAUGUCUACUAUGUGAGCAGGGGGCUGGUCAAAUAGCUUUGUUAUUAAGUGGUUCGCGGCGCACAGGGUGAUGAAUGAGCUCAGAGGGUCCUAAUGUGGAAUACAGGCUUCACUGGAGACCAUGUGUUUCCUCUCUGGAUGUUCACUCGUGCAGGAAACGACGACCGCUAGGAAGUGUGAUUGGUUUCUCUGCCUCUGCAUUACAUGCUGAUGUUUUCCCUUGGUUUCUCUUUAUUGCACUCUGAGAUGUAUUGCUUGGCUUUGCAUGGUCAUUAAAUGUACAGACUGACACACCGAAGCUACAACCAGGCAUGUAGAAAACAAACCCGACAUUUGUAUGCACCUGAAAUUGUUGUGGUCAUUUGUGUUGCUGUGCUGGUGGCUUAAUAGCUCCUCCAGAGACUGAAAGCUUCAAUGAACCAUUUGUGUUUUUAAAAAGGGUUUCUUCUGGUUAAAAAUGAGGCUGAGAUUGUACCCACUUAUGUGAAUACCCACUUGACCAAACAUUUUUUAAAAGAGAUGUAUUUUAGCAUUUCAAAGAGAGUGGCAGCAUUGGCACCUCAUCGUCCCAUAGCUAAAGUGUUUUUGUCAUCCAUGUUAUAAAUCAGUUUAGGGCUGUAAUAAACCAAAGAAAUUCUUGUUUGAAAUUUUCAACCAACAAUUGAUUAAUUGGGGGGGGAUUUUGCCGACUCUGACGGCAAACCCUCCGGCUUGGAGGGGUGAAAAUAUACUGAUAUCAGCACAAGAAGGCAAUUGAACACAAUGAAAGUUGAAAUGCUCAAAAUAAAAAUAAAUAUUCAUCCAACCACCAGGCGCUGAAUAACGUGGAUCCUGUCUCCAGCUGGUCUCCAGUGGGUUGGGCGAAUCCAAAAUGGUGAAAAUAAGGGGGGUUAUUCUGACACAGGCUGUUACCUGUGAAGCGGGGGUGAUCCAAAAACACCCCCAUUAGCACUUGGUAUGUUCCUCCUGAUGAAAUUAACUAUAGGCUGUAAAUUGACGCAGAAAAAAAUCGAGUCGCCCAAUCAGAAUUUUCGUAGACUCAGCACAUACCGACCGAUAAGGUUGCCGAGAUGCAAAUUUUGAUCAAAACCAAGUCUAGUUCAGGGAUCCUAACAGAAGAUUCAUGUCUACAGAGAAACUAGAAAAACUGAACCACAUUUAAAUACAGUGAUAUAAACUUAAAUAUGUGGUAUCACCAGAGAUGUUAUGAUGUGAAGGGAUCCAUUGCAUUUCAUUAUUUCUUCUUUUAUGUACAUUUUCCAUACUCUGUACUUGUUCAGAGGAAAAACAAAAAGUAACAUUUGAAAAACUUCAGUCAAGGCUUUGUAAUUAAAUCAGUUCUGAGUUACUUUAAUUUGAACCGAAGUCAAAGACGCUUUGGUGCAUCAAAUGAGAGUUUUCAUAUUGGACGGCUGACGCACACGAUUUGUCAAGCCUCCAGAAUCCUUUUAAUGUGUUGUCCUUGGGUGCGUGUUAUAAUUGGAUGGAUAGCAGACAUUACUUGAGGCAAAAGACAGCUAUGUCUUAAAAAGCUCAUUUGGGUUUUGAAAUCUCGCACACAGAACGAGCUCUGAUGAAAGGAGUGACUUUGGUUUGAGGUCUUCAGAGACAUAAACUGGUUUCAACAUAUGAUUUGAAAAUAAUGUGAACAUGAGGUUACACGGAGGUCAUGUCAGUUAAUGUUAGGUUAAUAUGAUUUAACGUGCAAUUUCUGCUUUAUUUAAUGUGCAGUGGAAUUUCCCUAUCAGUACUCAUUAUUAACCUCAUUGCUUUUAUUCAUUUUAACAGCCAUUAACAGCACUCCAUGUGUAUUCACAGUAUGAACAUUUACAGCUUGAUUGUUGUUUUCAGGGGUUAUUAGCUACUGGAUAUAAAAUAAGGGGGAUUGAAUCAUACAUCAGACACUCUCUAAAAGGAGCAGUGCGCGAAAAAAAACGUCAUGAGAAACUUUUCCUUUAAAUUCUUGCGCAGUGAUGACAGAUCACUGUGAAAAAUUAAUCUAUUUUCUGCAAAAGUUAGCUAAACAUGUUUCAUGUCUGUGGUUGGAUGGUCUGGUAGUGAUUUUAGCUGAUUAAAAAAACUCAUGGAUUUAUUUGAAUCAGACAACACCACAGGAUUUCUGUCAAACACGUUUACUUUAAAUGUGAGUAUGUGUUAUGUUGUUGUGUGACUCCAGUGGUGUCUGUAUCUGUUGUUGGAGAAACUUGCUCCCCUCAGGGUAGAACAGAGCUGAUUUCUUUUCUAUAGCUAUUAUUUGCCGUGAUAUAUGUACUCCCUCUCACUAUUAGUGCCUUGCCACUGCUUGGACACCAUCCCCCUCCGAGGAGGCAUGUACACAGAAGUCACUGUUUUCAAACCCAUGAAUUCACUGCAGAGGCUUUUGUCACAGGAUGAUGCCAGUCUAGACAGUGAUGUGUUUCAUUCUAGUGACAGCUUCUGUCUGAAGAUUAGAAUGUGCUCGAACUCGGGCAGAGCGAGGGCAGCUUUAAAAUAGACCUGUAAUCACAGAGCAAGACGGAGGAAAGUGUUAGACAAGGCCUCAGAGGACAGCUUUAAGGCACCACUCACAUACAUGUCUUUUGAAGAUGUUGUCUUUGCUAUCAUUGAAAGCUUCUGUUUAUUACCUUUAGGAAACUGGGUUGUGAGUUCUGAAACUUUAUACACCAAAAAGUUACCACAUACCAAGACAUUUCUUCACAAAAUACCCCCUAAAAUAUAGCAAAAUAUUCACGAACGGGGACAAAACAGCACAGCAUGAUCAGGGAACAUCAUAUUGUAAACUACAACACAGUUAUUGAAGAGACACUAAAGUGUAUGCCAGAUUAAUGCAACUAUUAGGGCUGGGCGAUGUAGCCUCAAAUCAAUAUCACGAUAUAUUGAGCAGUUCACCCUGAUUAUGAUAAAUGGACGAUGACUACACCACAAGCUGCUCACCCCCUCCCACAUUAACUUCAUCUACUUCAGCGGCCGCUUCAAUUUUUGAACCGUCUUCCAUCUCCUCACCUGUCUUUCCUUCUUUCUUACCGGGUGGAGUCACGUCUCUGAUGUAGGACAGUGUCUUAAAGGGACAUGAGACCAUAGCCUACCUACACACAUCCAAAAACAACUUUGAUUUACUUAUUUUUUUGACACUGAAUAUAUUGACAUGGGCAAAAUGAUGCCGGUUAUUGUCGUAAAUUUCAGUAUCAGUAAAUUUUCAGUUUAUCAUCCAGCCCCUAGCAACUAUUGUCUAAGUUUCACUCUCAAAGAAGUGAGAUCCGUGUGACCUGUCAGAUUUUGUUGUAGGUGGGAUAUUAGGUGAGAAAGUGUUGGGUUAAAACAGACCCAGAAAGAAAGAGCAAAAGGAGUGCACAUUUUAGUGAAUUUAUUUUAUGGUGGUUCAGUAAAAUGAAACACCAUCGCAGAUAAUCUGCCAAAAGGCGGAUAUCAGCCACGAAUAAUCUACCAAUAAUCCUUCAACUCCGACCACAAAGUGCCUCUUAGGGGAACCUCUCACACCUAUCCUGUGUCAGCUCAUUAAAUAAUUCCUCUUUUUCCUGUGGUUUCAAAUUCUUUGCCACACACACGAUAGCACUGAUGUGUCCAAAGAUCAUUUCAAAACACUGAAUCAAUAUUGACAUGAUGAAUUCUGACAUAAUGUAUGAUUUGUUUCUCUUUCUGUUUAAACAUCACAAUUUCAGUUUUCAACUUUCCCUUUCAGCCUGAAUCGUUUACUUUAUGAGACUGAUAAUGAUUCACAAGGAUUCACUCCUUUGGUUUCUCCAUACACAUAUCAUCUGUUCCUUUAGGUCAUAUCUGGCCCACAGCCAAGCCAAACAAACAGUACACAGUUCUUUGUUGCCAAGCACUUUGUCCGCUAGUGUUUCUUACUGUCUCAAUAGUUUCCAAAUGACUUUGACUUUCUCUGUCCAGCUUGUAGUCAGUAUUGCAUCUGGACCGUCCUGGCUCUGUCCCUGAAUGAACCUGGCCCAGUGCCACCCUCUGCUUCUCAGGUGUCUUUAUGCCUUGCAAAUGAGAUCGCCAUGACAACCAUGUCUGCUUAUUGUCAGAGCACGAAGCCAAUUGACUGCUAACUGAGGAGGUCUGAUUUGUCAAGAGAUUCUUAGCCCACCUGGCUCAAAGAAAAGCUUGAAAAGGUGUCUUUGAAGUAGGACAGAUGGGACUCAAAUGACAAACUUUCAUCUUUCCGACACUGACGUUCAAGGAAAGUGGGGAAAAAAAAGACACCCUUUGGCAGCUUACUGCCAUUCUAGAUAAAACAGCCCAAUUCUCUUCUGAAUUUGAUGUUGAUGUAAGAAGCAGCAAUGGUGAUGGUUAAGUUGUUGUCAUCAAACUUUAAACCAUUUUAUGCAGUUUUUUUCUUAGAGUCCCACUCCAAUUUUUUUUUUUACGACUUAAAGUGUUCUCAGUGGUCUUUAGAUUGUGAUCAUGAAGUUUUUUGCUAAAAUCAUGUUUCCUGUGUCAUUUUCAAGGGCUUUUGUUCUGCAGAGCUCGAGCAGCUCAUUUGCAAUUCGCCUCUGAGUCGUGGGCAGAGACAGCGCUGCUCUGCACACUUCUCCUCGAGUUAGCCUGCAUCCUAACAUUGCUGGUGUAGUAGAAGAAACAGGUAACAUAGGAGCUAUUCAGCUAUCGGACAGUAAUGUCUUUAGGGGUAUGAUGAAAGCUAAUAUCAUAAUUAGCUUUCUUAUGAGCAUUGCAAUCCGCUAAUGCAGACGCUUGUUCCGCGAUCAUCCUCUCUAUUUCUCUGAGCCUGGCCUGCAUAGCGUGGCUUUGGGGUUGGAGCUUGGAGUGGUUACGUAGGAAAUCUCACUAUGUCUAAACCUGCCGUUUGAGUCUGCAAGAUAUUCACAGUGAUUUGAAUGCAGAAAUACUCAGAAAUGCAAUUUUGCACUUUUGUUAUGAUAUGUCCUUUAGUAUCAGAAAAAUGCCACAUGAACAUGUAGACAACAAGAAAAAGAUGAUUUUCAUCGUCUUUAAAGAAAUAGUUGCAGUUGAUAUAAAAUUAACAAAUGAUUGUAUUCAUAUGUGAACCAAGAUUUUGACAGCAGGUAGAGCUUGUUCUGUGGAGCAUCUGUAACUGGUCGAAGCAGACACUCAAGGAUAACACAGCUGUCCUGUUGUGAUUUCUUUACAUUUAUUAGUUGUUUGUGGGCUGUUGAAUCUCAGCUUACAUUGAAAUUACAGAUUUACAGCAGUUUAAAUCCAUGAAUGAAAUAUGACAAGUGUAACCUACAGAAAAGAAAAGGUCAAAUUUAAUCAUUCAAGGACUCUGGAGUACUGGUGCGUGCUUUUCUUUCAUUCCUAAAUACCUGCUACUUGUGGCUGGACAUGCAGACUGUGCUUUCUGUAAUCCUCCAAGCUUACAGUCUUUGAACGAGUUACUCUACUGUCUCCACUGUGGGUGGUUUUUGGAACAAACACUCACGUAUGAAGCCUCCCUGACCGUACGUUUACACAUUAUCCUCCAUAUCUGGUGUGGGCUUGUGUUAUUCUGCGGUUUGGGAUUUUCAUAUCACCGCUUGGUUGGCUCAAAGUCCUGAUGCUUAUCUGUUUCUGGCUGGUGGAGGGAGGCUUCUGGGAAGCACCAAUGUUGUUAUUAGGAUUUAGUUGUAUUACACAAGGAAAUGGGUUAUUAAUAUUAUGCCAGUGCCGGUGGUCCUUACUCUCACUCUGUUUUCUUUUAUGGAGUCUUUGGCAAACUCUAGUUUUACUACAUGAACCCCAUACUUAUUCUGUUGUACUUAUUCGGUCAUUAGUUACCCUGGAUAUGUGUUCAUGUAUUCAACAUUUUUACCUGUGUUUGUGUGCAAUUAAAAGCAACACCCUGCUCUCUUCUCACAUGAACAUAUAUGUCAUCAUUGCUUUUUCAUAGAGCUCAAGUUUUCCCUCGAACAACCACAGUUUUGAUAAUAUUGCCCUGAGAGAAAGCUGAUCCUGAGAAAAUUCCCUAUGCCGUGUUAGCAGUCUGUGUACAGUGUGAGGUUCCCCUCUCUGAGCCGCAGCGUUCGCUCUCAGCCAAACACAAUAAGGGACUGAUCCACUGGAGGAAGUGAGAUCGUGUCACCAUCAGAGCAUGAGAAAGAAACCCCAGCAUGGCCUUCCUCUGACAGCCCGAAUGGAAACAAUGGCUUUGGCAGCCUUUCAUGAGUCUUUCCUUGUUUCUAGAUAUUAUGUAGCCGGUCAUGUUUGCUCAUUCCUGUGAAGUUUGUUUUGCUUUGACAUUGUGUACAGGGUGUGAUCACAAUUACUGGGUUUGCUUGGUGAUAGCGGAGCAAAUCAGGGAAGCGAGACAUCAUGUGCUUUCGUUUUGAUCCACCGCAGGUAGAGACGGGAAAAUUUUGAGCUUAGAUAGAUAGAUAGAUAGAUAGAUGUACUUUAUUAAUCCCGAAGGAAAUUCAAGAGUGGUCAACUGCUCACAAGAAUCAGUCACACACACAUAUGAUAUGAUAAAAACAGAUUAUGAAUAAAUAUCUAAAAAUAAAUAAAGAAAUAAAGAAAAACUAAUGGCAGGAGGGAGAACCAACUUGGGGACAAAGGCAGGGACAGGUAAAACAACACACCACAACAGAAACAGCGACAAUGAGGACAGAAGUGUUCCAGCACUUCUGCCUUUGAGAUAUUCCCCCCACACCCGCUUGACUCCAGCUACUCCUACUCCUCCUCCCGUCUCUUCCUCCCGCUCAGGGAGUUGUGCAGCCUGAUGGCGCUUAUCAGCAUUGUUGAAUCUCAAAAUAAAGUUGGUGAAGGUGGAGUGUUGUUGUUGGUAUGGAUAGCAGUCCAGGAAGCAAGUGAUACCCUGUGGUACAAAAAUGCCGGGUUAAGCCAGCUCCACUGUAUUUGGUCAUAGAUACACAUCAAUAAAAGAAAAACACGACUUUCAAAAAAGGUCAAUACAAAGAAGAAAACAGUUAACGUCUGUAUUUUGAUGUGAAGUACUUCUCCAAACACCACCACAGUAGCACUUAGCCUACUUGAGGUUUCAUCGCAGCUGAAGCACUUGAGAAAACAUUUCUCAGAGGCUUGUCCUUGAUUGGUGUUUCAAUAAAACCAGCUUCUCUAACCGUCAGCUCUAACAGUUUAAUAUGCAGGAGAGCAGCUCAGACAAAGUGGGAGUCAACACCUGAAUAUGAAAUUGAUGUUUUCAGAGGCUCAAAGGCGCCUGGAAGUAUGAUUAAGACCUCUGUGUUGACAAUGAAGCUUAUGGCCUUGAGACACAAUCUCCCUUUCACACAUUCAGUAAUGCUUUCAAAGUCAGGUCUCAGUACAAUAUCGAACAGAUAAGCAACCGAACAGCGCCACCACGUUUUGAUCAAACACUCAGUAAAUGAUCCUCCCAAUGCGAGCAGAGGAUCAUUCAAAGUGCAUCUCUCAUGUUUGAUGAUUAUCCCGUGUAAUGAAACUGUUAUGCUAAUCAUGGAGUCUAAAGCGAGCUCACUGCAGAGCUUGUGAUGUGACAGUGAGCGUGUUAAUACAGGAAAGUGUCAGUCAGACUCGCUGGCUCGGGUUUUUGUGUACCCAUUCAUAAACAAGGUUGCGUCUUUUCAUCCUUUGUGUUUUACAAUCUGCUGUCAGGGAAAUAUUUACAACACAGUGACGUAAAUGCUCGGCGUUGUAAAAAGUGAAAUGGUCGUUACUCUCUUUUCUGUCACUUUCCUUUUUUUCUGCUUUGAGUCACAAAACAUCACUUUAACAGUAAAAACUGAAAAUCUUUCUAUUAAAUCUGCCUAAAUCAAUAAACUAGGGAACUUUAUCACUAAUAAUAAGACAAGUUUUUAGCUCUGGAAACUACACACAUCCAGUUGUUCAAGUGCUCAGAUUUCUAGCUGAAGUAAAAGUGUUGGUGGGACAAAGUUCAAAUGAAAAAAGACCUAGAGGGACAGCCAGGACCGAAGUCGUAAACUUCCUCAUGCAUUAACUAUUGGCAAAAUAAAACACUGCCACAGAAACCAACUUUAUUUUGAACAAGCUGUGUCAUUAAAUCAAAAAAGAUGGAAGCAAGGCUGGUGUCUCUGGGAGUAAGACAGCCUCAGGUCUGCUUUUGUAACUCCCGGGCACCAAGCUUCAACUUACAAAAAAGGGAGCAAUAACCGCCUAUUUCUGCUUUAUCAGUUAAGGGAAAAUAGUAGUUCUGUGCUGAAGUCUAUCAUCCGCAACGAUGGAGACAAAUCACUCCUGCUGCGAAUUGGAUGACCUGAGUCUCUAAACUCCCAGUUUUCAACACAGUUGUUCAUUACACCAAGCUGUCAUCCUCUUUAUGAAAUUUUCUAGUUUUAUUAACCUCCUCUGUGACCCCAAACAAACCCGAUCACUCACUUCAUCUGUUUGUCAUGGCUGAAACCGUCUGUUUGAUUAAAAAUAGGUUUAAAGAAAAAGAUUGGAAAGAAAUGACAGCACGUCUGGCUGCGUUAUAUCUGUCAGUUUGAUCCACCUUGGACCUCCAGUAUUAACUUCAGCUGUCUAAAUGGAUACGCACAACAUCCCUCUUCUGUAGGGAUUGUACUCACUGAAUAUAUAUCACCUGAUGUAACACUCAGCUCUGGCUGUGUUUUCAAAAUCCUUGUCAGACAAAGGUGAUGUAAAUCUGUCUCGCACCAAAUCUGAACAGAAGUCCCAAUGUGCAGUAAAAGGGCAGGAAGGCUGGUGGAAAACACUCAACAGUUCAAACAAAGGUAUGCAUGAGGGUACUGUAAUGCUGCAGGGGCCAAACUGAGGACAAAAUGAUAUCACUGGUCAGGAAAUGAAGUCAGAAGCCCCCGUCUCACAUGUCCCCCUGAUAGUUAGAUAAAUUCAGAACAUUCAGGCCCUGAUCUUUCCAAGAAGUUGACAUUUACAUAAGGUGUCCACACGUGUCUCUCAGUAGAAGAUUUUCUCUUUUAGACUGACAGAAACUUGUAAUUGCAUUUGGCUUAGAUGCAGGAGGAGGUUUUUUUUUUUUAAGUAGUGGGGACUACGGUUGUGUUUGUAUCACUACCUCACAAAUAAACACAACAUAGGAUCAUUUUCACCAACAACUGAGCUCAAAGCAGCGUGAAUGAUUUAAUCUCACAGCCUAGGUGCUCCCAGCCAGACUGUUACCUGCAAGCUUUGAACAAUUGCUUAUUCAGACUUCAUGCAGAAAAUUUCAAGUGGCUUGCAGGAAAAAGUCUGAAUCAAAGUAAGACGAAAAGAAAUCUUUAUUGGUCAUCAGAAGUUUUCAGGGAAUUUGUACAUGUGUGAAAUGGGCUGCACUGCUUUCUUUGGCAUCUUAAAACACUUCCUUACCUACGUAACAAUGCAUCAGUUUGUCAAAAAUACUCUGAGGGCGUAGUAUCCAAGUACUCAGAAAAUUCCCCCAAAGAAUCAGCAAACAGCAGACUCUCCCUUUUUUUUCUCCUGAGUCUUAAAAAUGUUACAAACACCCCAAAGCAUGAUUGUUAUUGCACCUCCUGAUAAAACUCCUGCAGUAGCCAAUAGUUGAAGUGGAAGUGGAAUGUUUUUGUCUGAUUGUCUUGUCAUUAUGUCCAAUAUUUCUCCUGUGAGCUGCUGACGCUUGGGUGUAGUGUUAUUUGUUACCUGCUCUGAUUUAGUCAGCACUGCGGUAGGAGAGGAAUGAGUUGUGUUCAGCAAAGUGUAAAACUACAGAGCAAUUUAUACUUUGACAGGAACAAUUUAAGCAAGUGUUUGUGUUCUCCAAACCAAUAGUGCAGAAAAUGUCUGAACCUGAACUGAUCACAUAGUAUAAUGUUUGUACAGAAAAGUAUUACUCGCAGAUUGUUUGAAUAAAAAAAAGGCUGGAUUCCUGCGAGUCCAUUCACUGUAUUAUGUGAUAUGAUAUAAUAUCAGUGUUUCUUUUGCUGCUUUACCCUAGAAGCUUAUACAUCCUUUAGGGUUCUCACACAGUUGGAAUUUUCAUACUUUUCCAUACCCCAAUUUUUAGAAUUACUUUUGGAAAUAACUACUUUUCUACAUUAGAAAAAAAACGAUUUUUUAACUGUUGUAAUAGCCUGGAAACAUAAAUAUUUUCCGUACUUUAUCUUUCAUAUUCUAUACUUUUUAAGACCUGGAAAUUGAUCAAAUUUAUUCCAUACUUUCCAUACUUGCAUAGGAACCCUGAUCCUUUUGCCUCUAGGGCUGGGCGAUAAAACGAUAACGAUAUAUAUCGAAAAUCUAUUUCCCUCAAUAUCAAUAUAUAAAUCAUGGUCAAUAUGCUUUGCAAUAGUCAGUAUUCUGCCAUGUUUUGGUAGACUAUAUGAAUAGUAGGGCAGGGAUGAUAUGCUUUUCUCCCGAUUCGAUUCCUCUACGAUUCUUUGGAUGUCGAUUUGAUUUAAAUUGCGAUUCUACAAUAUUGUCGAUUUAUAACGCCAGUGAAACAGUUGAAUGAUUAUGAUUGUCUGCUGACUAUUCCAGGAACCAUAUUUCCCCAAAAAAUACACAAAACAUAUAAGUCAGUUUUUAAGAUUUAUUCUUAAAUUUGGGGAAAAAAAAAAGAUCUUUAUCAUAAAAAUUGAUCUAAAAAGUGUAAAACAAAAAAAUAGCGAUACUUAUGUGAAUCCAUUUUUUUCUCCCACCCUGAAUGAAUAGCCAAUGAAAAGGGGAGUUUCUCUGGUACCGCUAAGCGUUGAACCAAUCGUGUGCUGAAUAAGAACCAAGGAGCAAACAACUGCGUAAUAGCAGGCAGCAGCUACACACAACCAGAGCACUUUUACAGUGCAACGCCUUACGACGAAACAUCGAAGAGACACAAAGACCUCACAGAUGUAGUAGCUUAUUGUAUUGCAAAAUACAUGCUACCAAUAAGCACUGUUAAAUUUCAUUUUUUAGAUUGUGAUAUAUAUCUAUAUCGACUGAAAUGAAAAAAAUAUAUCGUGAUAGUUUUUUUUCAUAUCGCCCAGCCCUAUUUGCCACACACCUCAUGGUUUUGUAUUUUGUGAUCUUAACUGUGCAUGCCUGCUGAUCUAAAGUUUGAUGUUAUAUUAUAAUCACUGCAAUGCAAUACUCUUAAAUGUUAUAUUUGUGUAUGAAAAACUUGUAACAAUCUAAUCAGGUGUUUUUUUCUUGUUUUUGUUUCCACAGUGACAAAUAAGAAGCCGUCAUUUGUAUCUAUUACCAAGGUGAAGCAGUUCCAAGGGUCCACUGCCUUUGUGAAAAGAUCACAGUGGACAGUCGACCAGCUACGGCAGGUCAAUGGCAUUGACCCGAACAAAGUAUGUAACUUUGAGUGGUGUUUAUUUGUUCAGUGCUGCAAAGGGAAAAUGAGAGUGAACGUCUCUUUUCCUGCGCUUCUCUUGCUUCUAUCUUCUCCCAGGACUGUCCAGAGUUUGACCUGACAUUUGAAAAUGCUUUUGACCAGUGGGUCGCCGGAUCGGCAGGAGAGAAGUGCACCUUCAUCCAGAUCCUCCACCACACCUGCCAGCGUUACAGCGCCGCACGGAAACCAGAGUUCGUCAACUGUCAGUCCAAACUGCUGGGGGGUAAGAAAGUUAAAAUAACCCACUGUGCUAACUUUCAUAAUCUUCCUGUUGAAACACCGUGACACAUUAAUGCCACACUGUUGUCAUACUGUGCUGUAAGCCAGUCUGAAUCUCAUUAUGCAUGAUGACAACCAGCACCUGGUGUGUAUGAAAAUGCAUGCUUAUUCCACGUAAACAGCAUCUGCUGAGGUGAGGUCGCUGAGGAUAGCCAACAAUAUGUCACUGUUUUGACACAGAUCAACUGGUUUAAAGCACAUUAUACAACAAUAUAUAAUCUCUCUUAAUCUCUGUGAUGUUGACACUUUUCAUUGUGUGCCUGAAGUGUGACUCUCAUUACUUUAAAUGACUUUCCAUCCCUAAUAAUUCUAUAAACAUCACAGUAGGAGCUGUGGAAAUCUCUUAAUUAUAGACGUGGUUAAUCAGAUUUGUGACUGUGUAAGUCAGUGUAACCUCUCCCUUUGGAUAUAAUAUAAAAUAAACUUUAUGUCCCACAAAUGAAGAACUGUUUCUAAAGGCAAAAGAGAUGUGAAAUGUAAAUACAGAGGUAAAAUCUAUGUUUGUUAUCCGGCGUGGAAAGGAUUUGGUGCUGAUUUCCUGUAUGUGACAGGGUGCAGAGAAAGCAGCACUCCCCGCAGCUUAAUCAGAUAUUGAUCUGUUUACCCCCGGCUUCAUCUUUGAGAACAAUUCAUCCUGUUUUAUUAUUCAUGGAAUUAUUCAUGGAAACACUUCCUUAAAUAUCUUUUUGUGUAAGUUGUCAGUCUGCUCACAUAUUCAAGAGUCAAUUACUGGAAGCUAAUAUCUGAAGAAAAAAACAAAAUUGGCUUCUUUGCAGGGAAUUCAACAUCUAAUCUAACUGCACUACAAAGUCCAGUAGCAGCCUUGCGGGCGGGGAACAUAACAUGGAUUUUACAGAAAUUUCGAGGAGAUUUAUAGUCAAACAAUAACUCCUAAAAGUACUGAUCGGACACUGCAGACAUUUAUUACACAUAAAACUCUCUGUUUCUCUCUCUGUGUUGUAACCCGCUGUCUUCUCAUUGAUAAUAAAUACGUCUUUUCUCUUCAAAAUUCUGUGAAGUUGCUUUGACCUUCCUCCCACUCUGUCAGCCAUUUCCAUUUUUAACUUAGUCGAAGCGACCCGGGUGCGAGCUAUAGUCUCGGUUUGUGUAGGCUGGGAGGUAGUGGUGCCCCAGAGAGCUCUGAACCCAGAGGUCUUUAGAGUGCGAUGGAUUAUACAGUGCAAAUGUUGUAUAUCAACAAACACGCCUUCUUCAGUACUGCAUAUUUAAUCUUCAGCAAGUCAACUUAUUGCUCAGAGUAAGAUAUUCCCCAUUAACGAACACAGGGUUUCCCAUAUAUAAAGUCCCCUUAAAGAACCAAACGCCGUAUUGAUCCGGCUAUUGACGCAGGGCUGUUAAGUACAUCUGGCCACUGAUUUGCUAACAGACUCUGGGCCCUUAGUGAGUGUUGGACGCGCAUUGUGACAGGGAGAACAGACAGGAUGCCAGCCUGCUGCCAACUCUGUCCACUCCAGUUUAAGUCUCACACCAGUGCAAAACAAAAAUCAUGACGCUGCUCAGGUGUGGGACCAUAACUGUGGGGAGACUUUAUCUGCAGAAUCCACCGGGAUGGCAGCUGUCAGAACUGAGCGUAGCUCUGCGCACAACUCUUUCAGUGACCCAUCAGUACCGUUGUCGGAUAACAAAAAGGGACAUGAGUUCAGGGAGUGAGAUGCGGAAGAAAAAUGAAUGAAUGUAAUACGAGUGUAGCUCACAAUUCUCUGGGGUUGUUUAUUCCCCGUGUGUGUUUACUAGAGCUGUCAUAACAAUAUCAUCAGUGGCGUGUGAUGCCAACAGCUUUCUUCGCUUGAGCUUAAUCUUGCACCGGGUCCCCGGGCUUAUCGCAUUACUACAAGAGGUCCUGUCAGUCUUAAGCAGCUCAUAGUAAUAGACUGCAGACAUGUACCAGCGUCUCCAUUGCAUCUUAUUUGGAGAGUUGAUACGAUGAUGCCAAACAAUUUAAAUUAAACUUCUGAAUGAAAUUAAAUCCAGUAAAAAUAAUUUAGUGUCUGGGAUUGUUUUUCUGUACACUUGUGUCUCUGCACAUCCAUCCCCCUGUGUUUUGUUUCUGUCCGCUGACAUUUUUAUGUUAUUUUGAAAUAACGCAGCAGAGUUAGACUCGUUUCUGAGAACCAUGGUGUGGAGAUACACGGGCAAAUAUUUGUGAUCCCUAAUGGGGCGUGUAAUUGGUCAGGAUAUAAAGCAGCUAAUGCUCUAAUUGCCUUGUUAUCGGCCUGGACUAUUUCUGCUGGCCUUAAUGUUUACAGUGUUACGCCCUGGUUGGUACCUGAGCUUUUCUCUCUCCCUGGGAAAUAUAAAUAUAUUGAUUCUAUCUAUAUGUGGAAUUCUUGAUCUAUGAGCCAAGUGGUUUAAUUUGUCGAAAAGAUUUUCAUCCUUUGAGAAAGUUGGAGCAUAAAAAAACAUUAAUAAGGACAAGUUUUAUUAACUAGUCACAGUUCCCUCCAUUUAAUAACUUUAUUUGACCCAGGUGUGGAAUAAUAAGCUGAUAACCAGUGGUGCCUUUUAUGAUUGCCAAUUAACAAAGUCUAUCAUAUAAUAAUCCCUAACCAUGACCCUUCGUGACUAAUUUCACAACUAUGUCAUGAUUUUAUGAUUGAAGCUGACAGUGACCUUUGAUAUUUUUUCAUCACAGAAGACCAGGAUGUAGAUUCUUUGUUUUUACGCUGCAAGGUCUAUUUGAACAAAAAGAGGAAAGAAUUUGUUGCGCGCCACGGUCAUCUACUAAGACAAGGUAAGCUGGUGAUCUAGUUACUCAAAUACCUGGACUUUGUUGGAAAAUUUAGUUCGAAAAAAAGAUUAAGCUCUCCAGUAAAUCAAGGUGAUAGUAAAACAGCAAGUAUUCCGUCAUUGCAUAAUCCGACAUUCUUCAUUUGGACUUUUACAUGCAAGGCUAUCUCCCUUUAUCUGGAAGUCAGCCAAUCAUAUACAAGGGUAACAGUGAACACAGUGCAAAAUGAACUUUGGGGACUUUGAUGACCUAGGCUGUCAUUAUUGGUUAAUAUUUAGACAUCUUCUCUCGGCUGUAUUUCCACUGACGUCAAUAUCAUUCUCAAUAUCAUAGUUUUUGUUGUCACUGUGAAAGUUAAACACAUGUUCAUGGAGAUUUUAAGUUAAUGUCCGAAAAUUAUUAUAAUUUUUAACCUUCAGACUGUAUGCAGUCACUAAUACUGUGCAGAAGUAAACCUUAUUUUUUACUUACGGGGAAGUAAUGCCAUCAUUAUUCUUCACUUGAGUCACAUUUGAACUUUUUUAAGCUUAAUCAAGACUAUAACUGAGGAAAACGUGGCUGUUUAACGCAUUGUGUGACGAUGACACUUGUCUGCUGAUGAAUCCAUCUGGAAGGUGUGUCGGCACUGACGGUUCGACUUGUGCUCAUUGCUGUGUCUCAUCAUGCCGGUCAGAAAAAGGCUUAAGGAAAGGCCCUGGGACCAGAUUGAAGGCCAAGUGAGCAAGAGAAGUCAGACCCUUAAUGAAUAAUUUAUGAAUAAAUUAUUAAGGUAAAGUGAGAUUUAUCCCUUUUUUAAAGAGUUGAGAACUUCAUUCAUUGUCAUUUCAUGCGAAUGCAAAAAGGACUAAUUACUGAAAGCAAGAUGGACCAGCGCAGUAAUGCCGACCUUUUGGUUUAUAGAUGAAGACAGCUGAGAAAGACCUGGUCCCUGCAUGCUUGGAAGAGAAUGGUAUAGUUGGAGGACAUAUGUGUCACAUUAUACAUACUUUAAUGGGAAGGAGCAGUAUUGUAAAAGGGGCCAAUGAAUGAUUACUACAUGACUCUGAAAGCACAGGUGAAGAAGAGAGCUGCUCUGUUUAAUAGGUGAGGAAAUGACCAUGGGAAAAGAGAGGGAAGAAUUACCCACAGAGGAGAAUAACUGCAGGGAGGAUGUGGAGGACAGAGAUGGGAUAAAAAGCUAUUGAGAGAUAAUAGGUGUAUGUCAGGAGUGCCGGGGGGAGGCGUCUUCUCUGGUUGAACUUCUGUUAUAGUUUCCGGAUGCUGCUGCGGAUAAUGUCAAGAUUUGCAUUAAUUAAACUGCAGGGGGGUUCGCUGUUGCAGAAGGAGCUGCAGAGUUGAUUUACAUUUAUUCAUUUCUUAUUGAAUAUCUUUCUCAGUUUAUACAUCAUAGUGGGAUGUAUUAUCCCUAUGAAACUGUCAGACCGCAUCAAUUCUUCGACUCGGCUUUAUUGAGCGUUAACUUGUCUGUCCAGGUUUCUGUGUGUCAGAAAGUGAGUAGCUUGAAAAUAAGCUUUUGUUCACAUACUUUCGGCUGUAACCUUGAUAAGAGGAAUGUUAUCAAAAUCCUACACCAGAGAAAGAUUAAAGAAGGAAUGUUUUGUAUUAUUGAAAGCUUUUUUGGCCUUGUCCUUCAUACCAUCAUCAUGAUUUAAUCUGAAAAUAUCUAACUGUAGAGCUUUGUACCUCCAACUUUUACAGAAGUCUUUCAUAGAGACCUUUCAGCUCAGCAAAUCUCAGAGCGAAUUGGUUCGUUUGUUGAUUUAAAAAAGUGUCAUCCCCUCAUUAGAUUUAUCUAAUCUUGUUUGUCUUUUAGAAAACCUCUAAAUCUGCUGUAAUACAAGCAAAAGAAGAUGCCUCGAAAUUGUCUCUCACUUUCGCAGAAACUGUGGAGAGUAGGUAGAAAAUAACCCCAAUUACUGGGUCCUCAAAGUCAAGAGGCUGUAGAUACACGUAGGUUAAACCCUUGACAGAAUUCGUCAUGUGUUUCUCUGUCGCCUGAAGCCCUGUGGUGAUUUCAGGGUAACGAGGGAAAGUUUUGAUGGCACUUGUUGAAGGGCUGACAAGUAUGUGCUCUCCAAUGCCGAGCAGAAAGUCAACCAAGACGAGCGCCCCCUUCAAACACCCACACACACACACAGCAUAAGCACAGUGAUAAUGUGAUCAGAGUGGAAAUGCUAAAGGCGCUGUAGCAUGUACUGCUUGAAUGGCUCUUUUUUGUGGAGGUGUGUUAUGAUCUGGAAUUGAAUUAUCCUAGUAUCUAAUAAAUGCCAUAUGCUUUUGAGAGUAAAUGUGACUUGACUGUUGGGAUUUCGCUAAGUGUAUCUGACAUGCUCCUCUUGAUAACCAUCAGCUUAUUUUCUCUCGGGCUGAAGCAGCCCAGCCUGUAAUCUACAGCUUACAGCGAGAUGAAGUCGACUCUGACUGAACUUUACCCUUCCUUGUUAUGUUUGUCUUUUCUCAAAGUUCCUUCUUUCUGGAAUAUUUUGUUGCCAGAAAACAACUUUCCCUUUUGUUCUUCCUCCAUUGUUCAACAAACCCUGGCCUUUAACGAUAUCAGGGGGUAUAGCAACAAAAUUCCUCCUGCAUUGUUGAGAGAGGCGUGUUAGGGAUGGACAAGGUUUGGCCUCUUUCUCUUGGUUAUUCUCAGUCUACCGUGUAAGACCUAAAGGAUUUUUUUGUGUGUCGUACAAGGAAGAACUUUAACCUCAGUUUUAAUGCCACUAAUCUCCCGCAGCAACAUAAAAGACCUGCUCUUAUCCCAGCUCGUAACAAUCUGAUCUGCUCUCUGAGACUAAGACUAGGGAUCGCAGCAUAACAUAAUCUACACCUACACCGUGUUUCAUUCAGUUCCCGGUGCUGCAGGCUCCCUCGCAUCAUCUCCGCCGCGCUUUCUCUGUAAUUACAUUCUCCACUGGGGGAGCCCACGCCACAGCCUGCUGCUGAUCAAUGAGAGCCGAGAAGCACAAGAUCCAAAGAAAAGAAAGGGUGCACAGACAAACAAAGGGAGAUGUUCUCUGCCUGCACAGUGUGGGGGUGCUGCUGUGAGGGUGGGGGUCAUGUGGCGGAUGAUUGAAAUAUUACUCUCAGGCUGCUCGGGAGUAGAGGAUUAAAAUGGAUCUUCUUAAAGGUGAAAAAGUCUUUUCCUUUUUUUGGAGGUGUAUAUUUUAAGUAACAGCAGGGUGGGGUUAGUCUAUAAAGAGCAAAACUCGCUUUUGUACUUUAUAAUAAUCAGACAUUAGCUAUAUUUUGCUAAUGACUACAAAGUUCAUUAGCUGUGUUUACAUGGGCACAAUAAUCAGAAUAAAAAUGCGUCAUGUAAACAUGUCGAUCAGAAGAUUCUGAUUGAAUUCGGCUCAACCGAAAAGAAAUUGUAUUCCAAUCGAGAGAGGUGGUUUAUGCCGAUCGUUAUUCUGAAACGCAUCCAUGUAAAACUCUUAUUCCGAUCAUGACUCUCUAACUGACUCGAUCACCACUCCUUAUUUAUUGAUGCCAGUACAGGAGGUGUCAUUACUCACUCUGACAUAAGCAUAGACUGUUUAUGCUAUGGACAGCUUGGUUCCGCUUUCCACCAGUAUAUGGAUUUGAAGCCGAAAAGCUCUCUCCAACAUUGUGCAGUAGCAUUGUGCAUGUUCAGCGGGAGAGUCGCAGAGAGUCGCUGAAAUGACGCUCGGCUCAAACAGCGUAUCCCCCAGCUGAGCUAUGCAUCAAGUGUCAUUUAUAGAAAACAUGAACCCCCAAAUAACUUUUAAAAAUGGAGCUGCAAAGAAAAAAAGAGGACUUGAGCACAAACCAGUCUUACAGUAACUACAUGUCAACACUGCAAGCAGGGGGGAGAAAAAUUUAUAUUCUGAGUACUAAAUCUCAAAAGUUUGUCCACAGCUCCAUGAGCUUUGCUGGCGGAGGCGGGAUUUAUGACCUAUACUGCAGCCCCUCACCAGAGGGUGCUGUUUUCAGAGUGGCUUUACCCAGCGAGGAGGCGAAAUCAGAAAACUCUGCGCAUGUCCAAAUAGUUCUAAUCUAGUGACAACAUUUAACAGGGGGAAACUCCUGAAUUGGAUGGAGUGAGCCACUGCUGCGCACGUCAUAAUCAGAUUAUAUAUAAACAGUGGAUUCAGAUUAUUUGAUCCCUCAAAUUUUCAGUCGAUUCAAGAAAUGUAAACGUUGCUCGUGACAAAGAAAGAGGAAGUAUCAGUGCAGCUCACUGUGUGGUUGGCUUUUUGUAAUCCCUGAAAAAGCGAUGAUAGGACAGCCUUGUGCUUGUGCGCGCAGGUGUGGGUAAACAUCUAUACCUCCUCCUUCUCCUGCCUGCAGCACGGCCAUGUCUCUACACAAACUGCUUAGACUUUAUCAGUAAGUAACUCUAUUUUGAAAGAACACCAGCUGGUCUCACAGUCUGUUUUUUUUGGAUGUCAUAUAGCCCACUGCAGGAGAGCCGACCCAAUUAUCUGUCACUCAGCCUACCUGUCUUGAUGCUGUGGGACGCACACUCCCGAUAUUGCAGUUUUCUGUGGGAGCAGAUAGAAUCAGGCUUGUCAAGUCUUCAUACACUCAGUACCUUCGAGCUUUACUCAGUCUGUUCCGUCCUCGCUAACUUAUUUAUUGUAUAUUUGACCUCGGAAAAAUCGAAUCUAGCUUCCUCUUAGAUGGUGUUUUUUUACUCUUUGCUUGUCCACAUUUUAAAGCUGGUAGUGUGAUUGUACAGUACUUUGUGUAUUAUUAAAUACAUAAAUGUUGUUGCAGUGCAUUUAAAACAACUUUGUAUAACUUUUCCAACACAUACAGAACAGUAUUCAGGUCGCUUAAUCAGAAGGUAACAACUUUAAGAAUAAUUCAGGUUGUUUCCAAAACUAAUUUUCUGUUUUCACAUCCAUCAACAUAAAAAGCUCUCGACUGAAACAAUGCAGCUGCCAAUAAAGAAAAAGCAUCAGGACGAUCGCUGUACUCAGUCUGUUGGCGAGUGUGCAGCACAACAGCAGCACUCCUGACGUGCUGUGGAUUAAUGGCUUGUCAGUGGAAACAUCCGCAAGGCUGCCACAGCAAUCGGAAGAUGUGUUUUCUGUCUUCUAUCCACUCCUGGGUCUGCGGGGCUGCCCAUGCAGCCAAGCAUAUCUCCUCUCUUUAUUACUCUACAGUUUAGGAAAGUAGGGGAUGAUUGCAGGGCCAGCAACAUAAGUUUACAAUUGAAGAAAAGCAGUGGUGAAUGUCAGCAGGGAUGAUGCUUCAAAAGAGACAAUAAAUCAAGAGCUACGUGUCUUGCUGUUUCCCACUUUGAAGUUUGAAAAGGUUAAUUUCACUUGAUCUUUCCUUGAGGUUAAUCCACUUUGAAGGAAUCUCAUUAAGCCACCUUCCCACAUUACACCUGAUGGAUGCUAUUUACUGUUUCAUGUUGUCCCCAACUAUUAGCACUAAAGCUCAGGGUCACUGAUUAAACUAUGCACAAGCAAUGUCGCAGUUCCUUUCCUCCCUGCAGCUCACCUACUUCUGUUGUCCACUACAAAAAUAACACUUAAUUCUUCUCCUCCUUCUUGUCUUUUCUCUCCUCUUUUGUGUCCUACUUUGCUUCUCUCUUCUCUUUCUCUUUUUUUUCCGUGCCAUGUUGCCCUCCCACCUUCAUCCGCAGGUAACAGUAUACUGCACACAGCAGCCGACAGCGUGACGAGCGCCGUACAGAAGGCCAGCCAGGCUCUGAAUGAGCGCGGGGAGCGAUUAGGCCGGGCGGAGGAGAGGACUGCAGACAUGAUGAACAGUGCCGAACAGUUUGCUGUCACUGCACACAAGGUGAGACAAUAUGCUAGUUAGUUAUAUUGCAAUGCACAGCUUCAGGGCGGGGUUACUGCAUGUAAGCUCUUAAGUCAUGAUUGUGGAGUUAUGAUGAAUUCAGCCAUAGGAUCAGAUAUUUUACUUAAACCCAAAGAUACUGAAAGAGCUGCUUUAUUGUGACUGGAGCCCAUCAGCUGUGGCGCUUGCUGUUUCCCAAAGAUAAUAGCUUUCUUCUUCUUCUUCUUCUUCUUCUUCUUCUUCUUCCCUCAUUUACUCUAUCUUUUUACUUCUCUGUAGGGUGUUCUCUCAUCCUCCAUGUGUCUCAUAUCUCUUGUUUUUCAUGAAAACUAAUUGCAUGCUGUUUAAUGAGGCCAUUAACAUAAUAUCAUUUUUUUUUUUAACUGCAAAACACAAGAAAAAAAAAUCCAUUGCUCUGUAAUGAGCGCACCUGAUUACGAUCAUAGCAGCCUUCCUAAUAGCACACAAUAUAUCAGAUGCCUCUGCGUUUUCAGCUUGGCUUCUCCUGCCAUGCUGAUCGUGCACAGAGAGACAAGAGCCAUCUGAACUAGGAUGUCAAUGAUUUUAAUGGUGCAGCUAUCCUCUCUCUAUUAAAAUGACUGUUUUUAUGCAUAAUACAAUACUAGUGAUGGCGGGGUAAUUGAAAGACGUUUGCAGAGCCAUGCAUAGCCCUCUUACUGCUCACAGACGAGCUCCCCUGCUGUGAAUGAAUUACAAAAACGGAGAUAUGUGCAGGAGCUCUGGUGGUUUCAAGAGAGAGCGACUGUGUAACUCCAUGAAGAAUCCCUCAUUUACUGCCAUUAGCUGUUGUAUUUUUUGUAACUCAUCCUUUAUAUUACUUCUUAUUAUUGAACCCCAUAAUGUCUCGUUCUUGAAACCCUCCGUUAAAAGCGGUGGAGAACAGAGUCUUUCCUGACAGAGUAAAAGCACUGUCCACAUUUCUAUCCAUUACAUUCCUGUCUGGAGAGGACUUUUACGACGGCUUGACAGGAUGUACUUAAACGAUUCUUUGACUUUUCGAGUCAUCUGCAUGAGUUUUAAGUGCACCGCUGAAUGCUUAAAAUUACAGCCAAGUGCAGAGCUAAUCUUCUGCUUCGCUCUGACAGGGUCACCUUGACUCUUUUUCUUUUUGUCCAACUUUCUGUGCCUGACUUUCUGACAGACAAUUUAGCCGCACAACUCCAACAAUCAACUCCGCUCAUCUGUGGGUGCUGCUCUGCUGCCCCCUCUUGUUCAGUUUGCAGAAUUCAGCUCUGCUCUUUCUUUGCUUGUAGAUUUCAUACCCACUCUGUUGUCUGUGUGUGAGUAGAAGUGCAUGUUGUGUAUCUGUAUCCAGUUUCUUCCUCUCGUAUCAGAAGCCUUGGUCAUCUCAUCUCUCUAACAAACCUUCUGCUGUACCAUUUAAAACCUUGUGAAUGCCAGAAAUUGACUUUUUUAAUAACAAACACCCAGACUAGCAAAUACCUUCCAGCACCUGUAUAGUUUACCCUUCUAAGCAGCUUGAAGUAGUCAAAUUUGUGCCUCAUAUAUCUUCAUUUUAUUGCCUGUGACUUUUCAGAGACAGUCAGUCAAAUCUACUGUACACAUUGUUUAUAUCUAGAUAAUAUUUUUGUGAUCAGGUAAUUAAAAUUUCUUGCUCUAUUAUAUCUCAACCCCCACCCCAAUUUUUCUGCAGCUUGCCAUGAAGCACAAGUGUUAAACCACUGCCAAAACCAACUGGGUGGGGGGGCGGGGAUCAACAAAUCGUCAGUCGCUGUACAGGAGAAGGAUUCCAGACUUUAUUCUUUUUAAAAAUUUAAUAUGAUUACUAUUUGUUAACAAGGUUAACAUUUUGAUGAUUUUGCGUUGUGUUCUGAUGCAUCUUCGGAUGGUGACGCAUCGAGCAGAAGGGGAGGAAGAGAGGUAAACAAUCCUACAGCAGAAUGUUUCAUGUUUCUGUUUGCCAAAAAAAAAAAAAGCAGCAGCUACGACUGAAUUUUAUAAACUCAGACACUGAAAACCCUUGGACUUCUCAUAGACACGCAGACGCUAAUGCGACUGCACACAUGCUGACAAGUCAUCAUCAGCAAUCAAUUCAAGAUGAGUAGCAGCUUGUCUUACAGGUUAUAAACCAUUCAAAGGUUAGUUAUUUAUGAGCACUGCAGAGAUAUUCAGGCUCAUUUGAGUGACUGAUCCUCUCAUGAGUUUUAACUUAUGAUAGACGUUUAACAAACAGAGCUAAAGUUAGCUGGGAUUAACUUUCAUAAUGCUUAAGUUUAACCCGAGUAAGUAUAUGACAGACAUAAAAGAAUAAUCCUAUUUUUGAAUAAACUCAUUUUACCUUAACAUCAAGGAAUCUGCAGGUUUGAUUUAAUGAAAUAUUCACGUCUGAAAUACUUAUGUCGCUCUAGAAAUUUGUGGAUAUUGCGGUCUACAGCUCAGCUCUUAUGUCCAUUGUUUCAAAAUAAAACAAAAACAGUAUUAAUUCAAUCGUUUUCAACAUUUUACUUUAUAAAUUGCAUUUGAGACUGAAUGGAGUGACGGGGGAGGAUAUACUUAAGACAACAGUGAACUAUAAUAUGUUAUCUGUCAGACUUGUCUAGCACUCAUAUACAACCAAAACUACAUGGUCUACAUUUGCCAACAUUUUUGAAAGUGUACUUGAAAAAUUGUGUUUUAAAAAUAAGCUUUUUAAAGUGAAAUAAUUUAUGUAUAGGGGAACAAAGGUGCAAUUCAGUCAACCAGCUUCUGCGUUGUAAAAAGCCAAACUUGUAAUUCCACAGUACUAUAUCUCAGUGUCUGUAGAGCUAAUUUGUCCCAUGACUGUGGGAUGUUUUUAGAUUACUCCUCACUGUAUCUCAACCGUAGAAAUCCAGUGAGUCUACCUUCUGCUUUCAGUAUGAUUUAGGUUGGUUCCUAUAAUGAUGUGUGCACAGGGGUAAAAUGUCUUAAAUGUCUGCAGCAGCGGUGUGUAGUAGUGUAUUUUUGUGUCAUUGCUCUCACACUGACUGUAACUUUGGCUUCCUCACUGGUAAGAAAACCACCAUCACAACGAAGGUGUUUUUGAUUUGUUCUUUUAUAUUUUGAAUUUUAUAAUUCAAAUUGUUACGAUGCACCGAUAACCUUAUCUUGCUGAGCACUGUUGAGUUCCAGUUGCCUAACUGUUAUUGUGCUUGUAUCCUCUCUUUUAACACUUUGGAUGUUUCAUUGUUUUAAUAAAAAGUAGUAUGAAAAUGUGUGUCCUUUUGAUGCCCAGCUUUAACAGUCUCAUCAAACUAUGAAGUCACAUGUUGUACAUUUAUUUUAAUGGGUGUUUUUUUUUUAUCGAUGUUGCAUUUGUAUGUUUUACUGACAUGGAUUUUUCUGGACUCGUAAACAAUAAGCUGCCAAAAGCUUAUGUGAGUUUCUCUGUUGUGCUGCUUUAACAAUGCUCACGCCACUCUGAUCUCACUUCUCCAUCACAGUGAACGAUAUCAAAUAAAGUCACAUCCACAAUCAAAAUAAAAUGGUUCUUUAUUAGUGCCUUUUGCUGUGUACCUUUCACCUCAGUCGGUGACGUAUUUAUAUUGUCUUGCUUGAAACCCAGGGUAACAGACGAAACUUGAGUGAGUUUUCGGACUAUUUGAUAACUUUGAAUAGUUGAAUUUUAUCUGCAUGCCCUCCACUGCUGAUCUGUUUCACAUGGUCGAACUUGUUUCUUGUGUGAAUAUUUGAUUUAAUGCAGAAAAAAAAACAUUUUAAACAACCUAUCAAAGACUGUAUUAUAAAAACAACAACAAUAAAAGAUGUGCCAUUGUCCCCCUUA